AUGCAUGCGCUUAGAAAACAUUCAUCAAUAUUGGCAAAAAUGAAAAUAUUUUUGCCACUAGUGGUGUGGAUAAUACUCCUGUUUCGAACGGCAAACUCACAACUGUCCGCCUCACGCAAGCACGUGGGAAUCUUCGGCUUGAAGCACGAGGUAUUCUUUCUCAACCUUGAGGAUGGCUAUUUCGGCUGCCAAGUCAACGAAUCCACAGACUACCUGCAGCUGUAUGAGCUGUCCAAACUUUGUGAUGGUACAUCGGAUUGCUACAUGGGCUCCGAUGAGCUUAGGAAUAAGUUAAAAUGUACAAACGAUUGUGAUAAAGACGGCACAGCUUGCUCGAAUGGAGUGUGCUUAGACGGCCAAUGCCACUGCAAUGAUGGCUUUGGUGGUUGCAACUGCCAAGUUCCGGAUGAAAACGAAUGUAAAUAUCGACCGUGUGACGUUUUCGCCCACUGUACAAACACCCUUGGUAGCUUCACCUGUACGUGCUUCCCUGGCUAUCAGGGCGAUGGUCUUCACUGCGAAGAUAUCGAUGAGUGCCAGGAUCCAAACAUCGCCCAGCGGUGCGUGGAGAAUGCCGAGUGUUGCAACUUACCAGCGCACUUUGUGUGCAAAUGCAAACCCGGCUUCGAGGGUGACGGUGAAGAACGGUGCACAGAUAUAAACGAGUGCGUGGAUCCGCAAGCGUGCGGCCUGAACGCGGAGUGCGUGAACCUGCCCGGCAACUACACCUGCCAGUGCCGGGAAGGUUUCUACGGCGAUCCGUACAACGGCUGCGUCGAUGUGGACGAGUGCGUUCAGCCCGGCGUUUGCGGACCAGGUGCCAUAUGUACGAACCUUGAGGGCGGUUAUCGCUGCGACUGCCCGCAAGGCUUCGACGGAGACGCACGCUCGGCUCAGGGUUGUCUCGACUACGAUGAAUGUGCACGAUCACCGUGUGGGCGGAACGCGCUCUGCCGAAACGAGGUAGGAAGCUUCCGAUGCGAGUGUCAGCAAGGAUUUUCCGGCGAUCCGAUGACGGACUGUCAAGACGUUGACGAGUGUUCCGGCAAUCCGUGCGCGGAGGGCGCCGUCUGUACCAACGCACCGGGCGGCUACCGGUGUAGCUGCCCGGCCGGGCUGACGGAAACGGACAACGGCCAGUGCACGGACAUCAAUGAAUGCGCGAAAGCGCACGCUUGCGGAGAGAACGCCAAAUGCAUCAACUUCCCAGGCUCGUACAAGUGCUUGUGUCCGCAGGGAUACGAAGGACGCGGGGAACUGUUCUGCAAAAAUGUAAACGAAUGCCUUGAUAAUCCAUGCGGGGAAAAUGCGAUAUGCACGGACACGGUUGGUAGCUUUAUUUGCUCAUGCAAACCAGAAUACACGGGCGAUCCGUUCCGGGGGUGCGUCGAUAUCGACGAGUGUACGGCGUACGAGAAGCCGUGCGGUGAGCACGCGGUGUGCGAGAACGCCUCGCCCGGCUAUAACUGCCUAUGCCCGCAAGGAUACCGCGGGCGGCCGAAUGCGAAGAUCGCCUGCGAGCAGGCGGACGUGAACGUGCUGUGCACAACCGCGUUCGACUGCACCAACAACGCGGAGUGCAUCGAGGGUCAGUGCUUCUGUCAGGACGGGUUCGAGCCGCAGGGUUCGGUGUGCGCGGACGUGGACGAGUGUCGCGGUCGGAACGCGAGUGCUAGUGCUGUGUGCGGUCCGUCGGCGGUGUGUGUGAACGUGCCCGGCUCGUACCGGUGCGAGUGUGAGGCGGGGUACAUUGGUACGCCGCCCCGCAUCCAGUGCAAGCCACCGUGCGCAGACGUCAAGUGCGGUGCGAACGCGUACUGCAAGGCGGAAGGCCAGGAGGCGUUCUGCAUCUGCGAGGACGGGUGGACGUUCAAUCCGGCCGACAUCGGGGCCGGGUGUGUUGACAUCGACGAGUGCGACCGGGGGCAGGGUCCGAAUGGGCGUUGCGGGGUUGGAGCGAUUUGCACCAACCACCCGGGAAGCUACAGCUGCAACUGUCCACCCGGGUUCACCGGAGACGCCACGCGGCAAUGUUUCGACGUGGACGAAUGCAGUCGACCGGGUGCCUGUGGAGUCAAUGCGAUAUGCAAGAAUCUGGACGGUUCGCAUGAGUGCAGCUGUCCGCCGGGCUCCGUGCCGGAUCCGGACGCGAGUGUGCGCUGCGUGAGUGUGGUCGCCUGUACCAAGGACGCCGAUUGCCCCGGGAAUGCCGUGUGCGAUCAGCAUCGACGGUGCCUCUGUCCCGAACCGAACGUGGGCAACGAUUGUCGACAUCCGUGCGAGAAGGUCACAUGCGGCCCGAACGCCCACUGCAUGCUGGUAGCGGGUGGUGGCGCGCAGUGUCUCUGCAGUGAAGGCUACACUGGCAAACCGGGUCAGUGUGUGGACAUAAACGAGUGUGGUGGAAACCCGUGCCCCAGCGGGGCGGUCUGUACGAACCUGCCCGGUGGCUACACAUGCCAGUGUCCAGGGGGCAGCUCGGGCGAUCCGUACUCCGGCGGAUGUUCCAAGUCGGCGCUGAAUGCUUGCGGUGACAACAACCCCUGCCCAGUCGGCGAAAAGUGCAUCCAGGACGUGUACAGCGGCAACAGUGUGUGCAUCUGCGGACAGGGUUACCGACGGGACGCGAAGGGUGUUUGCCGGGACGUGGACGAGUGUGCGGAUGGCUCGAAGGCGGCUUGCGGUGUGAACGCGCUCUGCAAGAACCUACCGGGCAGCUACGAAUGUCAGUGUCCGCACGGAUUCAACGGCAAUCCGUACCAGUCGUGCGACGAGUGCAACAGUGCCGAAUGCCGGUGUGCCGCACCGUACAAGCUGGUGGAGGGCAACUGCGUGCUCGAUAGUUGCUCACCGGACGGCAAGUGUCCUGGUGGGGCAGAAUGCAUCUCCAUUACCGGCGGCGUUAGCUACUGCGCAUGUCCCAAGGGCUUCCGGACGCAACCAAAUGGCCACUGCGAGGACAUUGACGAGUGUGGCGAGGGCCAGCAGGUGUGCGGAUACGACGCCAUCUGCCUAAACACGAUCGGUGGCUAUGAGUGCAAGUGUCCGCUCGGGUACUCGGGUGAUCCGUACCAUGGGUUGUGUGCGCUCGCCCAGAAGCGCUGUGCGGCCGACCGGGAGUGCGGUGCGAACGAGAAGUGCGUUCAGCCGGGUGAGUGUAUCUGUCCGCCGCCCUACUACAUGGACGCCUACGAUGGCAAUCGGUGCAAGAGCCCGUGCGAACGGUUCCCCUGUGGUAUCAAUGCGCGCUGCACACCCUCCGACCCGCCGCAGUGCAUGUGCGAGGUCGGCUUCAAGGGUGAUCCACUGACCGGAUGCGUUGACGAGGACGAGUGCGCCAACAGUCCGUGCGCGUACGGGGCGCAGUGUGUGAACCAAAAGGGUGGCUACAAGUGCAUCUGCCCGAACGGAAUGGUCGGCGAUGCGUACAAGGGUGGCUGCAUCCUGGAGCAAGGCUCGGUCAAGAGCCAGUGCCGCCGGAACGAGGAUUGUGCCGAAACGCUGGCCUGCGAACGUGGCACCUGUGUCAGCCCGUGUGCGAGUCUACUCUGCGGAGCGAAUGCAUUCUGCGAGCCGGAAAAACAUGCCGCCUGGUGCCGCUGCCGAGGCGGGUUCGUCGAGGGACCAAAUGGAGACUGUGUAUCACAAUGUGAAGGUUAUAUGUGCGGUCAGGGUGCAAUGUGCAUCGUGUCAAGCGCUGGUCCAACCUGCAAGUGUCCACCGGGUGAGAUGGGUAACCCAUUCCCGGGUGGUUCCUGUACGACAGAUCAGUGUUCCAACAGCCGCCCAUGUGCCGAUCCACAAGUGUGCAUCAACGGACGCUGUAAGCACAAGUGCGACGGCGUGGUGUGCGGCAUUGGAGCAACCUGCGACGGUACCAGUGGCAAAUGUAUCUGUGAACCGUACUUUGUCGGAAAUCCGGAGCUCAUCUGUAUGCCACCGGUUUCAUCGCCCGCCUGUGAACCGUCCUGCGGGCAGAAUGCCCACUGCGAAUACGGUGUGGUACAGAACGUGUGCAUUUGCAACCCGGGAACCUCGGGCAACCCGUACGGACUGUGCGAGCCCCAGCAGCGGAACAUGUGCGCCCGGAUGCGUUGCGGUACGAAUGCGGAAUGUCGCGAAACGCUUACCACCGCGGAGUGCGUUUGUCCGGGUGGGUUCAGUGGCAAUCCAUACGUUGCUUGUCGGGAUGUGGACGAGUGCUCGUCGCCGGGUGUUUGCGGCGAGGGCGCACUGUGCAUCAAUACGGCCGGUAGCUUCGAUUGUCGGUGCGGGCCGGGCUUUGGUGGAAAUCCGUUCGUCAUGUGUUCGGCCAUCGAGAAGAGCGUGUGCGACAAUCCGCGACGCUGCCAGUGCGGCAAGAACCUGCAGUGCCCGCCGGGAUAUAGCUGCGAGCGGGGUGUCUGCAGGGAUCUAUGUGCGAAGACCACGUGUGGGCCACGGGCAGCUUGCGACUCGGGACGCUGCGUAUGCCCACCGGGCUACACCGGUAACGCGGAGGACCGUGUGACCGGGUGCGUUCAGGAAGGCCAGUGCGACAGCGAUGCGGACUGCGAGAGCUCGAAGAUUUGCUUCCAACUUGGCAAGGGAGUGCGCCGGUGUGUGGACGCCUGCAGCAAGGUACAGUGCGGACCGAACGCACUCUGCGUGUCGAACGAUCAUCGCAGUACUUGCAUCUGUGCCCCGAGCUACGUCGGUAAUCCCGGCGAUCUUACGGUGGGAUGUCAGCAGGAGGCGAAGCUGGUAGCCGAGUGCCGCACGGAUGGCGAAUGCAAGGAGGGACACGUGUGUACCGUCACCGAAACGGGCCUGCAUGCGUGCGUUAACCCGUGCAGUAUGGUCGAGUGCGGUGUGCACGAAACUUGUACACUGAACGAAGCCAAGCAACCGGUCUGCCAUUGCCAGAGCGGAUACCGCUGGAACCCGGUGUCGUCGACCUGUGUCAAACCGUCGAUUCCGGACUGCACGACGGACGCCGACUGCCAUCAGGUGGCUGCUUGUCGUCAGGAUGAGGUUGGGGUGCUCAAGUGUGUUGCCGUUUGCACGGAAUUUACCUGCCCGCCGAACUCGGUGUGCGUCUCGUCAAACCACAAGGGAAGCUGCCAGUGUCUCCCCGGGUACACCGGAAACCCGAACGAUCGUAAUGGAUGCCGACCGGAGCAACAGAACACCUGCCUCACGAGCGCAGAGUGUGCCGAAUCGGACGCUUGUGUUACGCACGAGGGAGCGCUCGGCUGUCGGCCCGCGUGCGAGGGCAUACAGUGCGGACCAUUCGCGAUCUGCGUCACCAACAACCAUCUGGCCCAGUGUCAAUGUCCGCCCGGUUCGUACACUGGCGAUCCGUACGAUCUCGCUAAAGGAUGCCAGUCGGUACCGUGUGUUUACAACCGCGACUGUCCAUCGAACCAGCUUUGCAACCGGAUGACGCACAGUUGCGUGGACGUGUGCCAGGAGGACACCUGUGGUGAGAACGCCGUCUGUAUCGCGGAAAACCAUCGCUCCGUGUGCCAGUGUCCGCCCGGGUACAAGGCAAACCCGAUCGCCGAUGUGGAGUGCGCGCUGGUGAAGUCAUGCGAGCCGAACCCAUGCCACCCGUCGGCCACCUGCGAACCGGGUCCGGAUGGAUACAUCUGCAAGUGCCCGGUGGGACAGAUUGGAAACCCGCUUACCGGCUGUCGGGAUGAGGGUGAGUGCCCGAACGGGGACAUUCAGUGUCCGGAGAGUAGUGCCUGCGUCAACGGGAAGUGCGUCGAUCCGUGCGUGGGCGCUUGUGGCAUCAACUCGCAGUGUGCCGUCAUUAACCGGACGCCGGUGUGUAACUGCAAGGCAAAGUACGUGCCCGGUGCGACCGGAUCGGCUCGGGAUGGUUGUGUACGCCAGCGAAGCGGAUGUUUGAACGAUCUCGACUGCAAUGGGGAUGUUUGUCGCGGUGGCCAGUGUAUGGUUGCGUGUCGCAACACGAACGAUUGCUCACCUGGAGAACGCUGCCAGGGUAGUGUUUGUACCGUGCCCUGUUCUGCCCACAGCCAGUGCGCCGAAGGACAGGCGUGUGCCGUUGGAACCUGUACGAUCGGAUGCCGCAGCAGUAAGGAUUGCGCCGGUUCACUGGCCUGCAUCGACUUCAAGUGUACGGAUCCGUGCGCGGCUGGUAAUGCUUGUGGACCGAACGCCCUGUGCACAACGAAGGAUCACGUGCCGCAGUGCUCUUGUCCCGCCGGCUUCGAAGGUAAUCCGUCGCCCGAUCAGGGAUGUGUACGUAUGCCAACAACCUGUGAAUCGUCGGCUCAGUGUGCCGCAGGGCAUAUGUGUAUCGCGAACCAAUGCAGCCUGCCCUGCUCGGAAACGACGGCUCCGUGUGCCGUCGGUGAACGCUGUCACAACAAUAUCUGCGCCAAGGUGUGCUACACGAACAACAACUGUCUGCCGGGUGAGGUGUGCACCGAGGCCGGAGUUUGCGUGCCAGGGUGUGCGACCGAUGCCGACUGUCCUUCGCAGCGCAUCUGCCAGGCAGGCAAGUGCAAGUGCAUGAAAGGAUUUAUCGGUACGCCGUACGGAUGUGCGGAUAUUGACGAGUGCUCGGAAGCGCCAUGUCAUCCGACGGCCGUUUGCGACAACAUUCCUGGAUCGUACCGCUGCCAGUGCCCCGACGGAUCGGUAGGUGAUGCUUACACGAGCCCGGGCUGUCGCAAACCGAACCAAUGCAACAAAGACACAGACUGUACGGACGAGCUAGCCUGCAUCGGGGGCAAAUGUCGUAGCCCUUGCAGCACCAAGCAGUGCGGAUUGAACGCGGAGUGUCAGGUUGUGGACCAUCGGGCGGAAUGCUUCUGCCCUUCCGGCUACCUGGGCGACGCGAUGGACCGCGAAACGGUCGGUUGUUUCAAGGUGGAGUGUGUCCAUCACGAGGACUGCUCGAUGGAUCGUGUAUGCAGCGACGAUUCGAACAAGUGUAUCAAUCCGUGCGAACAAAUCAAUUGCGGACGAGGAACGUGUCAGAUCGCAAACCACGAGGCAUCGUGCGCCUGCUACCAGGGGUAUGCCUUCGUGAACGGGAAGUGUGAGGACAUCGAUGAAUGUAAGGGUGAUCAACAGUGUCACGAGAGUGCGAUCUGCGAGAACCUCCCCGGCAGCUUCGUUUGCUCCUGCCCACCCGGGUUGGUGGGGGAUCCGGUCAGGGAAGGUUGUAAGAGCGCCGCCGAAUGCAUCUCGAACGAAGACUGUCCAAAUGGGGCCGUGUGUGUGGACUCCAAAUGCCGGAAUCCAUGCGCCGAGGAAAGUGUGUGCGGAGAGAAUGCGCUCUGCACGGUGCUCGGUGAUCGGGCGCAGUGCGAAUGUCCACCGAUGAGUCGAGGCGAUCCGAAGGUCGCCUGCCGGAAGGUGGAAUGUACGAACGCGGACGAGUGCACGACGGACAAAACCUGCAUCGGGUACCGGUGCCGCGACCCUUGUACGCUUAAGGCUGCCUGCGGCAACAGUGCGAACUGCGUGACUAAGAACCAUCUGGCCGUUUGCUCGUGCCAACCGGGCACAACCGGCAACCCGCUGCUCGGGUGCGUUCCCCUCCAGUACUGUAACAGCGAUCAGCAAUGCCCAACGGGGACGAAGUGCAGUGGUGGAGUGUGUUCCUCCCUGUGCGCCACCAACCGCGACUGCAUCGACGAUCAACUGUGCAUCCAGGGGGUCUGUCAGCCAACGUGCCGCUCGAACACGACCUGCCCGGACUUUCAGUACUGCCACAAUGGUAUCUGUACGCAGGAGUUCAAGUGCCGCUCGGACGAAGACUGCGAUGCGGACGAGAUGUGCAUCACCGACUCGAGUGGCCGUUCGGAGUGUCGUAACGCAUGUAAUGCCGGGCGUGUCCUGUGCGGCCGGAAUGCUGACUGUGCCGCCCGCAACCAUGCGGCCGAAUGUGAAUGCAAGCAAGGGUUCUUCCGCGAUGCGACCGGCGUUUGCCGCAAGAUCGAGUGUCAAACCGACGACGACUGUUCCUCGGACAAGAUGUGCGAGAAUCAUGCGUGCAAGAUCGCCUGUCUAACGAGUGAAACACCAUGCGGGCCGAACGCGCUCUGCUCGGCGGAAAACCACCGGCAGGUGUGCUACUGUCAGCCGGGCUUUACCGGCGAUCCGCGCCAAGGCUGCUCGCUGGUCGACUUUUGCAAGGAGAAACCGUGUGGUCCCGGGGCCAAGUGUCGCAAUAGCCGCGGUUCGUACCGUUGCUCGUGCCCGGUCGGACUGGUUGGUGAUCCGUAUCUGACCGGUUGCAAGAAGGCGUCCGAGUGCGACCAGGAUAGCGACUGUCCCGAGGCAGCCGAAUGCGUCACGGUGGGUGGAGAAUCGAAGUGUCGUGACGUUUGCGCCAACGUGGCCUGCGGACCGAACGCGGAAUGUACGGCACGCAACCAUAACGCCGACUGCCGCUGCCGCCAGCGGUACGACGGCGAUGCGAAGGAUCUCGUCAAUGGCUGCAAGCCGAAGGCGAUGGCCUGCAAGCGCAACCAGGACUGCCCAGAAAAUUCCUACUGCCACGGGCAGGUCUGCAAACCGGCCUGCUCCGAAACCGACGAAUGUAAUCAGGACGAGGUGUGCUCCAACGGGCAGUGCAUCAAUCCAUGCCACGAACCAAAUGCGUGUGGUAUGAAUGCCGAAUGCCUGAUGGGUGCACAUGCCAAGCAGUGUUCCUGCCCGGCAGGAUUCACCGGCGAUCCGGCUCUAGAGUGUGUGCGAGUUCCGAUUUCGUGUGCCUCGAGCGCCGACUGUGUCGACGGUAGCGUCUGCAAGGAAUCGAUGUGCCUGCCACGAUGCCGAAACGAUCAGGAAUGUGCGCUGAACGAGAAGUGUCUUCAGGGAAGCUGCAUGCUGACUUGUCGGCUGGAUAACGAUUGCUUCCUUGGGCACAUUUGUCUAAGCGGACGCUGUGUGUACGGAUGCCACGCGGACAGUGACUGCAGUGCGAGCGAAACGUGCCGUGACAACCGGUGUGUCAAUCCGUGCUCGGAUAGCCCGUGUGGACCGAAUGCGGCGUGCACCGUGGUCAACCAUCGUGCCAGCUGCUCUUGCUUCACUGGAAUGGUACCGAGUCCGACGGCAAAGGUGGGUUGCGUACGUGCACCUGCCCUGCAGUGUACGGAGAAUCGUGACUGCGCCGACGGAACAUCCUGCAUCGAUCGUAUGUGUCGGCCGGUGUGUGCCAAUGACCAGGGCUGUCUGAACAAUGAGCGUUGCGAUGGCGGUUCGUGUCGACCGAUCUGCCGCAAGGACGACGACUGCCGUACCGGUGAAAUAUGCCAGGGACAGACGUGCAUGAUCGGGUGCCGAUCGGACAGUGGAUGUGCUGAUCAGCUGGCUUGCAUUGGACAGCAGUGUACCGAUCCGUGCCAAGAACCGACCGCUUGCGGAACAAACGCCGAAUGUGUGGUCAUCAACCAUCGGAAGCAGUGCAGCUGUCCGGGUGGUUUAGUGGGUGAUCCGUUCGGGCUUGGCUGCCGAGUGGAGACACGGCUCUGCCAGUUACGUACCGAUUGUCCCAAGGGACAGGCGUGCUAUAGUGGGACGUGUAUGCAGACUUGCCGUAACGAUCAGAACUGUUUGGCCGAUGAACGGUGCGUACGAGGAACGUGUCGCACGGUAUGCAACAGUGAUGCAUCUUGCGGAAGCGGUCUAAUCUGCGAAGGACGCAUUUGUCAGGCGGGUUGCCGCUCGGAUACGCAGUGUUCCAACGAACAGGCUUGCAUCAACAAGAAAUGCACAGACCCGUGCGCCACGCUCGGCCAGUGUGGCUCGUGCUCGGAGUGUAAGGUGAUCGAUCACGGUGUACAGUGCAGCUGCCCGAACGGUUACCUCGGCAAUCCGCUGGUAGCGUGCAGCCCACCGGUGGAAAAGUGUCACGCUCAGUGUACCUGCGACGAAGAUGGAAUGUACUGUGUAAAAGCUUGCCGCCAGCUGAAGGAUUGUGGCUGUGGACAAACGUGCAGUCGAGGCAAGUGCCGAGCGAAAUGCAACCCGGGCAACUGUCCAGCGGGGCUACUCUGCCAGAAUGGCGCUUGCGUGGCUGGAUGUCGGACAAAUGUGGAUUGUCCGAGCGAGCGCACAUGCACCAACGGCAAGUGUGUUGAUCCGUGCGCUGGUGGAAAAGCGUGCGGAAAGAACGCGCUCUGCCAGGUUUCGGACCACCGCUCACUGUGCCUGUGUCCGGACGGUUUCCAGGGUGAUCCGGCUGUGGGAUGUGUGCAGUACGAAUGCCAGACAAACGACGAUUGCGAACUGGACAAGAAAUGUGCCAACGGAAAGUGUACCAACCCGUGCCUGAUUCCAGGUGCCUGCGGCCUCAAUGCGCAAUGCCGUGUCGUGAACCGGCAGGCGCAGUGCAGCUGUACACCCGGUUUCUACGGAAACGCUCGCCAGGAGUGUCAGUCGGUGCAGAAGAACAGCUGCGCUCAGAAUCCUUGCGGCGAGAAUACCGUCUGCCGGGAGGACGAGCAGGGCUUCGAGUGUUCUUGCGAGCCGGGCUGCGUCGGCGAUCCUCGACAGGGUUGUCUGUGCGAGGGCAAGCUGAAGAAGGACGACUGCGAGCAGUACGCAUGCGGCACGAACGCUGUGUGUCGGAUGACACAAUGGGGCGCACCGUCGUGCGUUUGCCUACCGACACACCCGCACGGAGACCCCUACAUGUCAUGUACCAAGGAAGACACCGAUACCGACUGUCGUACGGUCGGUUGCGUCGAAGGAGAGUGUGUGCGCGAUGGGGCCAAGUUUAUCUGCCGCAAAGACGAAUCCUGCGCAAACGAUUUGCAAUGUGCCAAUGAUAAGGCCUGCAUAGGAGGCAAAUGCUCCGACCCGUGCUCGCUGCGGGGCGCUUGCGGCGACAAUGCGCUCUGCCAGACGGUGCUGCACCGGCCACGGUGCUCGUGCCCGAGCUGCUACAUCGGCCGCCCGAACGUCGAAUGUAAACCGGACCCCAAGUGCGAAGAAGUGCGCACCACCCCGCGACCGAACGAUCCGAAGAUAGUGACGGUGGCGUGCGAGACCGACGGCGACUGCCACGAACGUCUGCGCUGCGACGCUAGCGGACAGUGCAGCGACCCGUGCACGGUGCCGACCCCGUUCGCUUGCGACCCCAACAAGAAGUGUGUCUCGCGGCGCCACCGGCCCAGCUGCGUUUGCGCACACGGCUUCAUCGUCAAUGACAGUGGCGAGCUGGUGUGCGCGCCGGAGAAGCGCGAGUGCUUCGGCGACGACGGCUGCGCCUCCAAUCUGGCCUGCCUCGAGGGCCGGUGCGUCAAUCCGUGCUUUGCCACCGGUACGCGCGCGGCCCCCUGCCCGGACGACAAGGCCUGCGUUGUGAUGGACCACAGGCCGACGUGCGUGUGCAUGAAGGACUGCAGUCCAUCGCUGUCGAUCUGCCUUCGCGAUAGCGGAUGUCCGGACGGGCUGGCCUGCCGCAACUACCAGUGCGUUAAUCCGUGCGAGACGACCACUUGUGCCGACGAUACGCCAUGCUAUGUCGAAGAUCACAAACCAAUCUGUAAAUUCUGCCCGCCCGGAUUCGUUAAAGAUGCACGGCACGGAUGUUUGAAAGCUGUUGAGAAAGAAGAAAAGGAAGGAGAAGAAAUUCAAGACAUGAAGAGAGUCAACUGUUCGGAGCACUCCGACUGCGGCGAAAAAUUGCACUGUUUAGUCGGCCUUUGCGUUGAUCCUUGUAGGUCUGGUUGUGGUGAACGGGCGCAUUGCACGGUUAAAGCACACCUUCCUCUUUGCUCCUGUCCUUCCGGUUUCACCGGGGAUCCGUUCAAACGCUGCUCAGCGUUGGAUGGUUCCACUAGCACCCCUUCCAACAAGCCAUUCCCUGACAGUACGACUGAAUAUCCUGAGGAGUACUACAAUGGGCAAAAAAUUGAUCGAUCGGACGAGUUUACCACCGUGGAGUCGGAUGACGUGAACACGAACGUAGCCAACGAAGUGCAGUCCUCUAGUACUUUGGCAUACGAUUCAUCAGAUGAAAUUACCGCAUCGUUAACUACGGUCAAUGCUGCCGUCGAGAAUGAAAGUACCACUGUUAACGAUGAUAACUUUAGUGAAAGUGAAACAGUUCCGUCGGUUAUUACCACUCAUCGUAUCACGACUAUUGUUCCGGAAAAUCAAACUGAUGAAGCAUUUACCACGGCCACCUCUGCCUAUUCAACAAUUAUCACAGAAGCCACCGACGAUACCGUUGAGACGACGUUACAAGAAACUAUGAGAACUACAAAGGUGUUGCCGGAAACAAGUAAUACUACGUCAAAGCCCACCAGUCAUGUCGAUACCCUGACCAAACAAGAUCGUAAGUCAGACGGAUUGGAAACUCCAGAUGGUGGCCAACGGCCUACCACGCCGAUCGAUGAUCUCUUCGUCGAGUUGUCGUCCACGUCCAAGCACUACGAAUUCAUGCAGAAAAGUGAAGCCACCGUUACUCCUUUCGGAAAGAAGAGUUCCACGACGAGUAUGACAACUGUGGAGGAUAUUACUACGACCACUGAGCAGAACCUGCCGGACGAUCGUAGUAUUCCGCUGUCAACUUCCGGCUACGAAGGUGACGAGUACAUCGACGAAGAUGAUACAACAACCGAGCUGACAGUGGACACAACAACAUUCCCGGCCAAAACGAUAAAACCGACCAAAGAAGCUACCAUGCCGUACGACCUGCUUCCAAUGGGAACGACUGCCAGCCCACUGAUGGAAGUCGUUCAAUGUCGUACGGAGAGAGACUGCCACGCUAACGAAACAUGCAGUGGAACCGUCUGUAUCGAUCCGUGCGUUCAGUUCAAUCCCUGCCCUCAGGAUAUUCCUUGUCAAACCGUAAACCAUGCCCCUGUGUGCUUGUGCAAUAGCGAAACCGACACCGGUUACAGCGUUGAUUGUAUGAAAACAUCAGAACUCGGAUGUAGACAUAGUAACGAAUGUCCUUCGGAACGGUCCUGUAUCAACGGUGUUUGCGUCGAUCCCUGUCGAUCGGGCAACCCCUGCGAUGCUGGCGAAGAAUGUGAAGUUCAAAAUCAUGAAACUGUCUGCGUGAAAUUGUGUCAAUGCGAGAAGACAGCAGACUGUGCCGGCGGAUUGCACUGCGAUGGAUGCAAUUGCGUUCCAAAGAGCGACGAUCGUACGACUGGCUGUGAACAUUGCCCGCCUGGAAUUCCAUGUGAUCCAAUCACUGGCGGUUGCGUCAAGGAGCCACCAGGAUCCCCGAAAAUACCUGAACCUUGUCAAUCCGACAAUGAUUGCUUGGAUGCGGAGGUUUGCUACAUGGGUUUGUGUGAAAACCCCUGCUUAUUCGACGGAGUAUGCGCUGAAACGGCCACAUGUCAGGCCAAAAUGCACCGACCAAUCUGCACGUGUCCUCCGGGGCACGAGGGUAAUCCAACAAUCAAGUGCACCGUGCUGCAGUCAAUUCAAUGCACCACAAACAACGAAUGUUCACUGACGGAAGCCUGUGUUGGAAACGUGUGCCAAAGGCCGUGCGAUCUUAAGAAUCCUUGCGCGGCGAACGCAGUUUGCAUCAACACCAACCAUGGUACCGAUUGUAGCUGCAUUGACGGCUACCACGGCAAUGGUUUUGUGCAAUGUUUACCAGUGAAUACGCUUGGCUCGGUCUGUCAGUACAACGAAGACUGUCCGCCGGAUAAGCUUUGCGAUCGUCUGAACCGCGUGUGCAUCAAUCCGUGCCAGAGCGAUUCCUGCGGCGACAAUGCGGACUGCUACGCCGUCAACCAUGGCAUCGAUUGUCGCUGUCGGGCCGGUUACACCGGAAACGCCUACAUCGAGUGUGAGCAGCACCACGGUUGCCUGUCGGAUCGCCAGUGCGGUGACAACGAGGCGUGCAUCAGUGGACGCUGCGCUUCGCCGUGCCAGUGCGGACCGAACGCAAUGUGCGACGUCAAGCGACACAAAGCCGUCUGCCGGUGCCCGCCAGGGUAUGGAGGCGAUGCUCGCACCGGAUGCAGCCCACCGACCAACCCGUGCGAUCCGAACCCGUGCGGCGUGAAUGCCAUGUGCGAGAUCGACAACGGUAGCCCGGUGUGCUUCUGUCCACGCGGCUUGACCGGCAAUCCGUUCAAGAAUUGCAUUCCUGAAGGCGACGAGUGCACUCCCAAUCCGUGCGGUCCGAACUCGGGAUGUCGCAAAAUCAAUGGAAAAGCCACGUGCUUCUGCUUGCCGGAAUUCGAGGGAAAUCCACCGCAGACGCCAUGUACGCUGCCACAGAAUCCCUGCAUACCUUCGCCGUGCGGUCCAAACACGCAAUGCACGAUACUGAGCAACGGUUACGCCAAAUGUACCUGCGUGCCGGGAUACAUCGAAAGCCCGAACACCAUCCGGGGAUGCGUGGAACCGUCGACACCAUGCGAUCCAAAUCCUUGCGGCUUCGGUGCGGUGUGCGAUGCGUCGCGAAACCCUGUAUGUUACUGUCCGGAAUCAAUGAUCGGUAAUCCGUACAAGAGCUGCUUCGAGCCAGUCAUGACACCGGAGCUAUGCCAACCGGGACCGUGUGGAACGAACGCUGACUGUUAUGUGGCGGAAGGCCGUGAGCAGUGCUACUGCAAGUCGGGCUACAUCGGUGAUCCGUACGGUGGAUGCGUCGAGCAGCCUCGGUCGGUGUGUGAACCAAAUCCAUGCGGACCGGGUGCUGAAUGCGUUCUGCUACCAGAUGGUUCGCCGGGAUGUCGUUGUCCGCCGGGUUUGAGCGGGGAUCCAACUACCACCGGAUGCCACGCCUUCGAAUGUCUUACCGAUGACCAGUGUGCCGAGGAUCGGGCCUGUAUCGGGCUGCGAUGCUCUGAUCCGUGUCCUGGAUCGUGCGGUGGAGGUGCACACUGUCGGGUGGAGAAACACCACCCGGUCUGUUUUUGCGACGCCGGACUUACGGGAAAUCCCGCCAUCCAGUGCUACAGUUUGGACGAACGGCCCAAGGAUGCCUGCAAUCCGAGCCCGUGCGGUGCGAACGCCGUGUGCUCGAUGCGCAACAAGCGCCCAGUAUGCAAGUGCUUGACGAACUACCAGGGAGAUCCCCGCAAGGGCUGCAAGCCAGAGUGCGACAUAAACUCAGACUGUACGCCAGAUAAGUCGUGUAUCAACCAUAAGUGCGUCUCACCAUGCGCCCUGGGAACGGUGUGCGGUGUGAACGCGGAGUGUAGCGUCAACUAUCACACACCCAUGUGCAAGUGCCCGUCGGGUUACACUGGGGAUGCGUUUGUGCAGUGUGUGCCGAUACCGGAGGAUAGAAACAUGACGCGUCAGCCGUGUUCGUCGGAUCCGUGCGGACCGGGUGAGGUGUGUUCGAUUUACGGAAACGAUGUGGCUCUGUGCGACCCGUGCGUUGCACCGGACGCCGUCCAGAACCCACGCUGUCGACCACAGUGCGUGCUGAACACGGAUUGUCCGUUCAAUAUGGCUUGUUUACAAUCGCAAUGUCAAGACCCGUGUCCGGGAUCGUGUGGCUACGGUGCACUGUGCACCGUCGAACGACACCGACCAGUGUGCUACUGUCCAGAGAACAUGCAAGGAAAUCCAUACGAACAGUGUAUGCCACGGGAAAGCCCACGAGAAACCUGCGCCAGCAUUCGCUGCGGAGCGAACACUCAAUGCAAGCAACAGAAUGGUGUCCUGGCGUGCGUUUGUAAGAAGAACUACUACGGGGAUCCAUUGGUUGGCUGCCGGCCCGAGUGCGUCGUCAACACGGACUGCCCGAUCAGCAAGGCUUGCGUAAAUUCACGCUGCGUUGACCCAUGCGUCGAUGCGUGCGGCGUAAAUGCCCAGUGCAAGGUGGUGAACCAUUUACCGAUAUGCUACUGUGCACCGACGCACACCGGAGAUGCUCUGGUUGCGUGCACGGAGCGUACCUAUCAGCCCAUCGAUAGCACACCCUGUGAUCCGAAUCCAUGCGGACCGAACAGCAAGUGCCGUACGACGCCGGACGGAUAUGCGAUUUGCUCGUGUCUGCCAGGUUACCGUGGCGUACCGCCCGCUUGUCAGGCAGAAUGUAUGAUCAACGCUGAAUGUCCCCAGAACAAGGCUUGUAUCAAUCUGAAGUGUGCUGAUCCGUGCCCAGGAACGUGUGGCGUUGGAGCGCGCUGCGAGGUGCUGAACCACAAUCCGAUUUGCAGCUGCGGACCCAGCCAACAGGGUGAUCCAUUCGUCAUAUGCGAAGCAAGACAAAACGAACCGCCACCGGAGCAGCGCAACCCGUGCGACCCAUCGCCCUGUGGACCAAACUCGAUCUGUCAGGUGCGCAGCCGUCGGCCAGUGUGUUCGUGUCAGCCGAAUUUUAUCGGUUCGCCACCCGCUUGCCGACCGGAGUGCGUGCUCAGCUCGGAGUGUCCCCAGGAUAAGGCGUGCAUUAACGAGAAGUGUCAAAAUCCGUGCGCGAACGCCUGCGGUCCCAACGCUGAUUGUCACGUCGUGGCGCAGUCGGCGUUCUGUAGCUGUCGGACGGGCUUCGAAGGUGAUGCGUUCAUCGGUUGCUCGGCAGUGCCGAAGGAUAUCCCGCGGAAGGACGUCUGCUAUCCGAAUCCGUGCGCGGAAAAUGCCGUCUGCAGCGAGCAUAAUGGAGCGCCCAAGUGCUCGUGCAUAUCGCCGUACUUGGGUGAUCCGUACAAUACCGGCUGUCGGCCGGAGUGUGUGCUCAAUUCGGACUGCCCGAGUCACACGGCUUGCGUCAACCAACACUGCCGCGACCCGUGCCCGGGCGUGUGUGGUACGAACGCGGAGUGUACGGUAGCGAAUCAUAUACCGGUGUGCGAGUGUAGCCGUGGUUUCGUUGGUGACCCGUUCCGGGGCUGCCGGCGUGAGGUGCCUCAACCGGUUGCACCGAAGGACCCGUGUGCCGCCUGCCCAUCGAACAGUGUGUGCCGAGUGGUCGCCGGACGACCGACGUGCUCCUGCGCCGAGGGAUACCGUGGCACACCGCCAGCCUGCCGACCCGAGUGUUCCAGCAACGAAGAGUGUCCGCACGACAAGAGCUGCAUCAAUCUGAAGUGCAAGGAUCCGUGCCCGGGACUGUGCGGUUUGAACGCACAGUGUCAGGUUAUCAACCACAAGCCGUUCUGCAGUUGCUUGCGCGACAUGAUCGGCAAUCCGUUCGAACAGUGCUACCCGAAACCGGUUGAACCGGUCCAUCCGUGUCAACCCAGCCCGUGCGGUGCCUACUCGGAGUGCCGGGAGAUCGACGACCGUGCCGUGUGCACGUGUGCUGUCGGAAUGCUCGGUGCGCCGCCAAACUGCCGACCGGAGUGCGAAACCGACCAGGAUUGUCCGUCGAACCGGGCGUGUUUCAACCAGAAGUGUCGCGAUCCCUGCGUAGGCUCGUGUGGUUACAACGCACAGUGUGUCGCCCGGAACCAUCGGCCAGAGUGCUACUGUAACGAUGAUUACGAGGGCGAUCCGUACAGUGGUUGCAACCAGUUGGAGAUUAGACAGGACGAAAUAAUUGACCCGUGCAACCCGUCGCCCUGCGGAUCGAAUGCGGUCUGUCAGGAGCGCAACGGGGCCGGCUCGUGCACCUGUGUGCCCAAUUAUUUCGGCGAUCCGUACGUCAACUGCCGACCGGAGUGUGUACAAAGCUCGGAGUGCCCGUCGACCAAGGCGUGUGUCAAUAUGCGCUGCGUCGAUGCAUGCCUUGGCACGUGCGGGCCGAACAGCGAAUGUCGUGUGCAUAACCACUCACCUGUAUGUAGCUGUAGUCCUGGUUAUACCGGCAAUCCAUCACAGGCUUGCCGUCCGUACGCGGUAGAAAAUCCGCCCGCACGCCAUCCGCUCGAUCCUUGCUCACCGUCUCCGUGCGGUCCGUACAGUAUCUGCCGAGUGCUGGACAAUCAUCCGGUCUGCUCGUGUCAGAUCAGCUGUUCUGGCGUUCCGCCCAACUGUCGACCGGAGUGUCUGAUUAACGCCGAAUGUCCGCGCGACCGAACGUGUCUCAACCAGCGGUGCGUGGAUCCUUGCCCGGGCACCUGCGGCUUUAAUGCCCGGUGCCGCGUUGUCAACCACAAUCCGAUCUGCAGCUGCAAUCCCGGGUUCAUUGGGGAUCCGUUUGUUCAGUGCUCACCGGAGCCAAAACAACCGCUGCUGGAGGAGGAGUACCGCAAUCCGUGCGAUCCGUCACCGUGCGGUGUGAACUCGCUGUGCAAGGUCCACAACAACAACCGGGCUGUUUGCUCGUGCUUGCCCAACUACGUCGGUCGCCCGCCAUCCUGUAGGCCGGAGUGCACGGUUGACUCGGAGUGUCCGAUGAACCUGGCGUGCAUCAACGAAAAGUGUCGCAAUCCCUGCCACGGAUCGUGUGGUGCCAACACGGACUGCACCGUGGUGGCACACAAGCCACUGUGCAGUUGCACUCCCGGCUACACCGGAGAUCCAUUCGCUGGCUGCAGUUUCUUGCUGAUUAUUGAGGACGAAACGCCCAUGCCGUGCAAUCCGAGCCCGUGCGGUGCGAAUGCACUGUGCAAGGAGCGAAACGGGGCCGGAUCGUGCACAUGCGUCCCGGAGUACUUCGGCGAUCCGUACGUGGGCUGCCGACCCGAGUGCGUCAUGAACAGUGACUGCCCGCGUACGCGCUCAUGCAUCAAUAACAAAUGUCAGGAUCCAUGCCCGGGCACCUGUGGCUCCAAUGCGGAGUGCCACGUCGUGAAUCACUCGCCUAGCUGCGUCUGCGUUGCCGGCUACGUUGGCAAUCCGUUCACCGAGUGUAGACCGCAGCCAGAAAUUCGGGACGAACCAGUACGGCAACCAUGCCAACCGUCCCCCUGUGGACCGAACAGCGUUUGUCGGGAGAUUAACGGGCAUGCCGUGUGCACCUGCCGGCAGGACUACAUCGGGUCACCGCCCAACUGCCGACCGGAGUGUGUGGUCAGUUCGGAAUGUCCGCUAGAUAAGGCUUGCGUUCGAACCAAGUGUACCGACCCGUGCCCGGGAACGUGCGGCUUUAACGCACGCUGCCAGGUCGUUAACCACAAUCCGAUCUGCAGUUGUCAGGCUGGUUUUACCGGGGAUCCCUUCGUGCGCUGUAUUUCAGAAGAACGUCGCCCAGUCGUGCAGGAAACACCCGCCGAUCCCUGUACACCCUCCCCGUGCGGUCCAAAUUCGCAAUGUAAAGCAGUGGGCCAUACGGCUGCCUGCUCUUGUUUGCCGAACUAUGUCGGGCGAGCGCCAAACUGUCGCCCCGAAUGUACAUCCAACUCGCAGUGCACCCCUAUGAAGGCUUGCAUCAACGAGCGAUGUGGCGAUCCCUGUCCAGGAUCCUGUGGUUCGAACGCGCUUUGCAGCGUGCAGAACCACCAGCCCAGCUGUCGCUGCGUUGACGGAUACGACGGUGAUCCAUACACCUCGUGCAGUCUAACCAUAAUCUACCGGGAGCCGGAAAUAGUGGAUCCGUGCAAUCCGUCGCCGUGUGGCGUCAAUGCUGAGUGCAACGUGCGCAAUAAUGCCGGUUCGUGCACGUGCGUGAAGGACUACUUCGGUGAUCCGUACCACGAGUGCCGGCCGGAGUGCAUGCUCAGCUCGGACUGCCCGAAGACGCGGGCGUGCUUGAACAACAAGUGCGUUGAUCCGUGCCCGGGCAUGUGCGGCAUCAAUGCGGAGUGCUUCGUCAUGAACCAUUCGCCCUCCUGCUCCUGUCUGCCGGGAUACACCGGGAAUCCGUCGCAGGCUUGCCGGGAGAUACCGAAACAAAUCGAGCAUACGCCCAUCGAUCCGUGUCGUCCGUCGCCCUGCGGUCCGUACAGCGAGUGUCGGAACGUGAACGACCAUGCUGUCUGCUCGUGUCAGAGCAACUACAUCGGUACGCCACCGGCCUGCCGUCCAGAGUGUACAAUUAGCUCUGAUUGCUCCCUGGACAAGGCGUGCGUCCGGCAGAAGUGCGUGGACCCGUGCCCGGGAACGUGCGGUUUCAACGCCCGCUGCCAGGUGGUCAACCACAAUCCCAUCUGUAGCUGCCCAUCCGGCUUCACAGGCGAUCCGUUCGAACGUUGCGUUCCGGAAGAAAAGCAAGUAGUCCUAGCUGAACCUACGAACCCGUGCCUUCCGUCGCCGUGCGGACCGAACUCGCAGUGUCGAGCGGUCGGUAACGUGCCCGCGUGCUCGUGCCUGCCCAACUACGUUGGGCGCGCCCCGAACUGCCGCCCGGAGUGCACGAUCAAUGCGGAGUGCGCCGGCAAUCUGGCGUGCGUCAACGAGCGGUGCGCCGACCCGUGUCCGGGCUCGUGCGGCCCGAACGCCGUGUGUCGGGUGAUCGAACACUCUCCUACCUGCUCCUGCCAGACUGGAUACACAGGAGAUCCCUUUUCCGGAUGUACAGUUAUUCCUUUAACACCUGUUCGCGAAGAACCGCAAGAUCCGUGCAAUCCAUCGCCCUGCGGCUCGAACGCCGUUUGUAAGGAAAGGAACGGUGCCGGGUCAUGCACUUGCCUGCCGGAUUACUUUGGCGAUCCGUACAGCGGCUGCCGGCCAGAGUGUGUCACCAAUAGCGAUUGUCCGCGCGUACGGGCUUGCGUGAACAAUAAGUGUGCCGAUCCGUGCCCGGGUGUGUGCGGCAUCGAUGCCGAAUGUUAUGUGGUGAACCAUUCGCCGAGCUGUGCAUGCCGUCCCGGCUACACUGGCGAUCCGUUCACGCAGUGUCGACCUGAAGAGCAACCCAAGCAAAAUGAACCGAUCAAUCCUUGUUCACCGUCGCCGUGCGGAGCGAAUAGCAUUUGCAGGGAAGCGAACGGCCACGCCGUUUGCACCUGUUUGGCUGGCUUUAUCGGCACACCGCCGAACUGUCGGCCGGAAUGCGUUGUCAGCUCCGAGUGCGCACUUGAUAAGGCUUGCAUCGGGCAGAAGUGUACCGAUCCGUGCCCGGGAACCUGUGGCCAGAACGCUCGCUGUCAGGUGGUGAAUCACAAUCCGAUCUGCAGCUGCUCGCUCGGCUUCACCGGAGAUCCGUUUGUCCGCUGCGUGCCCGUGGAAAAAGCUCCAGUGGUGCAAGAUCCGGUUGAUCCGUGCAUACCGUCACCCUGUGGGCCAAACUCCGUCUGCCGAGCCAUCGGGACGACGCCUGCAUGCUCUUGUCUGCCCAACUACGUCGGCCGAGCACCAAACUGCCGUCCAGAGUGCAUGCUCAAUGCCGAGUGUCCCGCCACGCAGGCUUGUGUAAAUGAACGGUGUACUAAUCCCUGUGUGGGCUCUUGUGGUAUUAACGCACGUUGUACAGUUGUGAAGCACAAUCCGAUCUGCGAGUGUGAGACAGGAUUUACCGGUGAUCCGUUCUCCGUUUGUACAGAAAUAACGACCAUACGCGACAUCGAACCAGUCAACCCGUGCAACCCGUCGCCGUGUGGCGCCAACGCGGUAUGCAAGGAGCGAAACGGAGCCGGUUCGUGUACAUGCAUGCCGGAGUACUUCGGCGACCCGUACACAGGUUGCCGCCCGGAAUGCGUGCAGAAUACUGACUGCGACAAGUCGAAGGCGUGCGUGAACAACAAGUGUCGCGAUCCGUGCCCAGGAGUGUGUGGCCUCAAUGCCGAGUGCGUGGUGCAGAACCACGGUCCGGUAUGCUACUGUCUGGAGGGAUACACUGGUGAUCCGAGCAGCACCUGCACCCUGCAGGAGAUCGUAACGGAACGACCGAAAACACCGGGCUGUCAACCGUCCCCCUGUGGACCCAACAGUCAGUGUCGGGAAAUCAAUGGCCAUCCGGUGUGCUCCUGCCUGGCAGGAUACAUCGGUACGCCGCCCAUGUGUCGACCGGAGUGCGUGGUCAGCUCGGAAUGCAGCCAGGACCGGGCAUGCCUCAAUAAAAAGUGCAUUGAUCCGUGUCCAGGAACGUGCGGCACGGAGGCGCGCUGCCAGGUUGUGAACCACAAUCCUAUCUGUAGCUGUCCGCCGGGCUUCACGGGCGAUCCAUUUAUACAGUGUGUGAAAAAGGAAGAGCAGAAGGAUAUUCCUCCAUUGAACCCAUGCGUACCUUCACCCUGCGGCCCGAAUGCAAACUGUCGUGCCGUCGGCGGUCAACCGGCGUGCUCGUGUGCACCGAAUUAUAUUGGCAGGCCGCCAAACUGUCGUCCGGAGUGCACGAGAGAUGCAGAAUGUUCAAGUAACUUGGCUUGCCAGAACGAACGCUGCGUUGACCCGUGUGCCGCCGGAUGUGGACAGAAUGCUGUGUGUCGAGUGAUCAACCACAAGCCAAUCUGUACCUGCGAUGACGGUUUUGAAGGAAAUCCGUUGGAACAGUGCAGCCGUAUUUUGCCUCCUACCACUGAACGCUUGACGCCGUGCACACCUUCACCGUGCGGACCAAACGCAGAAUGUCGCGAGCGAAACAAUGCUGGAGCCUGCUACUGUUUGGCUGGUUACGAAGGUAAUCCAUACGAUGUGUUCUCCGGAUGCAGACGCGAGUGCGACGUUAACUCCGACUGCUCCGAUAAAUUGGCUUGCGUGCAGUACAAGUGUGUCGAUCCGUGUCCUGGUGCUUGCGGAACGCAGGCUGUAUGUGAAAUUCAAAACCAUGUGCCAACCUGCAUCUGCCCGGAGGGUAUGGUAGGAGAUCCGUUCGUACGCUGCGAGCUUCGCUUGGCCGAACCAGUCACGCCGGCUCCACCCGUGUGCAAUAAGUUCACGUGUGGACCGAACAGUAUUUGCCGCAUCCAAAACGGUGUGGCCGUAUGCAAAUGCCAACCAGAUAUGGUCGGUAGCCCGCCGAACUGCCGACCGGAGUGCCAGCAGAACAACGACUGCGAAGCACAACGUGCUUGCGUUAACUUCAAGUGCAUCGACCCCUGCCCGGGGGCGUGUGGACAGAAUGCCAACUGCAAUAUCAUCAACCACAAUCCGAUCUGCAGCUGUGCGCCAGGAUUCACAGGCGAUCCGUUUACCCGGUGCUAUAAAGAAGUUGUCCCAGUGUCAACGACCGAAACACCGCGAGCAUUGUGCACUCCUUCGCCAUGUGGACCGAACGCAGAGUGCAAAGUUGUUGGCAAUCGGGAAGCUUGUUCCUGCUUGCCAGGAUACAUCGGGUCACCACCAAGUUGUCGUCCAGAGUGCAUUUUAAGCACUGAGUGUGCCGACAACCAAGCGUGCAUUAGGCAAAAGUGUACCGAUCCAUGCCCAGGCUCAUGCGGUCUCAACGCGAAAUGCUCUGUAUCACGACACACACCAAGCUGUAGCUGUGACGUUGGAUUCACUGGAGAUCCGUUCACCGGUUGUCAGCCUGUCAUUGAGGAUACACCAGUACUGUCUCCUUGCGACCCGAGUCCAUGCGGUGCCAACGCCCGGUGCAGGGAACAAAACGGUGCUGGAGCAUGUACAUGUAUUGAGGAUCACUUUGGAAACCCUUACGAAGGAUGCCGUCCAGAGUGUGUGCUCAAUUCGGAUUGUCCGUCAAACAGGGCAUGUGUGAGAAACAAGUGUCAGGAUCCUUGUCCUGGCACCUGCGGUCAGAACGCUGACUGUCAAGUCGUCAAUCACUUGCCCUCGUGUACCUGUUUCCCUGGAUAUGAAGGAGAUCCAUUCCGAUAUUGUGACAUUCAACAGAGAGAACCGGUGCAAGAGUACGUUAAUCCUUGCCAACCGAGUCCCUGUGGUCCGAACAGCCAAUGCCGAGAGGUGAAUGGACAGGCCGUUUGUUCGUGUCUGCCAACCUAUGUAGGCUCGCCUCCAGGAUGUCGUCCGGAGUGUGUAGUGAGCUCGGAAUGCGCCUUGGACAAGGCAUGUGUCAACCAGAAGUGUGUUGACCCGUGUCCAGGAACGUGUGGCACCAAUGCAAGAUGCAACGUCAACAACCACAGUCCCAUCUGCUCGUGUCAAUCAGGAUUCACUGGCGAUCCGUUCACAAGAUGUUACCCCAUACCACCUCCGGUUCAAGAUAUGCCUAUCGCUCCCAGGAAUCCAUGCUUCCCUUCUCCGUGUGGUCCAAAUUCUCAAUGUCGAGAUAUCAAUGGAAGUCCCUCUUGCUCAUGUUUGGCCAAUUAUAUUGGAGCUCCGCCAAAUUGUCGACCUGAGUGUUCGAUCAACGCGGAGUGUCCAAGUAACCAGGCUUGCAUGAACGAGAAGUGUCGAGACCCUUGUCUUGGAUCGUGUGGUAUCAACGCAAGAUGCAACGUGAUCAACCACACUCCUAUAUGCUCUUGCGAAGAAGGAUAUACUGGAGAUCCCUUCACCAGUUGUCGACCUAUGCCUCCACCACGUAAGAAUCCCCCCACGAUCGGUUGUGUCCCAGAUCUCUUGAUAACUUGGUCCCUUCAUCCAACAGCACCUGAACCGGUCAACGAUGAUCCCUGCAAUCCAUCGCCAUGUGGAGCGAAUGCUCAGUGUCAGGACGGUAUUUGCACAUGUCUUCCCGAAUAUCAAGGAGAUCCUUACCGAGGAUGCAGACCAGAGUGCGUCUUGAACUCGGACUGCGCUCGGGAUAGGGCCUGUAUUCGUAGCAAAUGUGUCGAUCCUUGCCCGGGUACAUGUGGACAAGAUGCGUUAUGCGAGGUGAUCAAUCACAUUCCGAUGUGCCGAUGCCCGGAUGGGAUGGCCGGAAACGCAUUUGUGCAGUGUCGUCCACAGCAAACGCCAGUCGUGACGAAUCCGUGCAGUCCAUCGCCGUGCGGACCGAAUAGCCAAUGUCGCGAAAUCAACGGACAGGCCGUGUGCUCUUGCGUGCCUGGAUUCUUAGGAAGUCCUCCGACUUGUCGACCAGAGUGUGUUGUGAGUGCUGAAUGCCCUCAGAACCAGGCUUGUUCAAACCAAAAAUGUAGGGAUCCUUGCCCUGGAACAUGCGGAGUGGGAGCUAGAUGUUCAGUUAUCAAUCACAACCCGAUAUGCAGCUGCCCAGAAAGGUUCACGGGUGACCCCUUCGUUCGUUGUCAGCAAAUGAUCGAGCCGCCUGUACAAAUGACUCCUACCAAUCCAUGCCAACCGUCUCCUUGUGGGCCGAACGCCCAAUGCCGUGCAGUAGGCGAUUCGCCAUCUUGUACAUGCGUGGAGGGUAUGAUAGGUGCUCCGCCUAAUUGCCGACCGGAAUGUAUCAGCAAUUCCGAUUGUUCUAAUAACUUGGCUUGCAUACGCCAAAAGUGUCAAGAUCCGUGUCCUGGGGCCUGUGGAGCCAAUGCCGAAUGCAGGGUUGUUAGUCAUACACCCAUGUGUAUUUGCGCUGUUGGAUACACAGGAGAUCCGUUCACGCAGUGCGUACCAUUCCAACAAGAUACGCCCAAAGGUCAGACGACACCUUGCAUACCCAACCCAUGUGGCGCCAACGCUCAGUGCAGGGAACAAAACGGUGCUGGAGCAUGUACAUGUAUUGAGGAUCACUUUGGAAACCCUUACGAAGGAUGCCGUCCAGAGUGUGUGCUCAAUUCGGAUUGUCCGUCAAACAGGGCAUGUGUGAGAAACAAGUGUCAGGAUCCUUGUCCUGGCACCUGCGGUCAGAACGCUGACUGUCAAGUCGUCAAUCACUUGCCCUCGUGUACCUGUUUCCCUGGAUAUGAAGGAGAUCCAUUCCGAUAUUGUGACAUUCAACAGAGAGAACCGGUGCAAGAGUACGUUAAUCCUUGCCAACCGAGUCCCUGUGGUCCGAACAGCCAAUGCCGAGAGGUGAAUGGACAGGCCGUUUGUUCGUGUCUGCCAACCUAUGUAGGCUCGCCUCCAGGAUGUCGUCCGGAGUGUGUAGUGAGCUCGGAAUGCGCCUUGGACAAGGCAUGUGUCAACCAGAAGUGUGUUGACCCGUGUCCAGGAACGUGUGGCACCAAUGCAAGAUGCAACGUCAACAACCACAGUCCCAUCUGCUCGUGUCAAUCAGGAUUCACUGGCGAUCCGUUCACAAGAUGUUACCCCAUACCACCUCCGGUUCAAGAGAUGCCUAUCGCUCCCAGGAACCCAUGUGCUCCUUCCCCAUGCGGUCCAAACUCUCAAUGUCGAGAUAUCAAUGGAAGUCCCUCUUGCUCAUGUUUGGCCAAUUAUAUUGGAGCUCCGCCAAAUUGUCGACCUGAGUGUUCGAUCAACGCGGAGUGUCCAAGUAACCAGGCUUGCAUGAACGAGAAGUGUCGAGACCCUUGUCCUGGAUCGUGUGGUAUCAACGCAAGAUGCAACGUGAUCAACCACACUCCUAUAUGCUCUUGCGAAGAAGGAUAUACUGGAGAUCCCUUCACCAGUUGUCGACCUAUGCCUCCACCACCACCUGAACCGGUCAACGAUGAUCCCUGCAAUCCAUCGCCAUGUGGAGCGAAUGCUCAGUGUCAGGACGGUAUUUGCACAUGUUUGCCAGAAUAUCAAGGCGAUCCAUACCGAGGCUGCAGGCCAGAGUGCGUCUUGAACUCAGACUGCGCUCGGGAUAGGGCCUGUAUUCGUAGCAAAUGUGUCGAUCCUUGCCCGGGUACAUGUGGACAAGAUGCGUUAUGCGAGGUGAUCAAUCACAUUCCGAUGUGCCGAUGCCCGGAUGGGAUGGCCGGAAACGCAUUUGUGCAGUGUCGUCCACAGCAAACGCCAGUCGUGACGAAUCCGUGCAGUCCAUCGCCGUGCGGACCGAAUAGCCAAUGUCGCGAAAUCAACGGACAGGCCGUGUGCUCUUGCGUGCCUGGAUUCUUAGGAAGUCCUCCGACUUGUCGACCAGAGUGUGUUGUGAGUGCUGAAUGCCCUCAGAACCAGGCUUGUUCAAACCAAAAAUGUAGGGAUCCUUGCCCUGGAACAUGCGGAGUGGGAGCUAGAUGUUCAGUUAUCAAUCACAACCCGAUAUGCAGCUGCCCAGAAAGGUUCACGGGUGACCCCUUCGUUCGUUGUCAGCAAAUGAUCGAGCCGCCUGUACAAAUGACUCCUACCAAUCCAUGCCAACCGUCUCCUUGUGGGCCGAACGCCCAAUGCCGUGCAGUAGGCGAUUCGCCAUCUUGUACAUGCGUGGAGGGUAUGAUAGGUGCUCCGCCUAAUUGCCGACCGGAAUGUAUCAGCAAUUCCGAUUGUUCUAAUAACUUGGCUUGCAUACGCCAAAAGUGUCAAGAUCCGUGUCCUGGGGCCUGUGGAGCCAAUGCCGAAUGCAGGGUUGUUAGUCAUACACCCAUGUGUAUUUGCGCUGUUGGAUACACAGGAGAUCCGUUCACGCAGUGCGUACCAUUCCAACAAGAUACGCCCAAAGAUCAGACGACACCUUGCAUACCCAACCCAUGUGGCGCCAACGCUCAGUGCAGGGAACAAAACGGUGCUGGAGCAUGUACAUGUAUUGAGGAUCACUUUGGAAACCCUUACGAAGGAUGCCGUCCAGAGUGUGUGCUCAAUUCGGAUUGUCCGUCAAACAGGGCAUGUGUGAGAAACAAGUGUCAGGAUCCUUGUCCUGGCACCUGCGGUCAGAACGCUGACUGUCAAGUCGUCAAUCACUUGCCCUCGUGUACCUGUUUCCCUGGAUAUGAAGGAGAUCCAUUCCGAUAUUGUGACAUUCAACAGAGAGAACCGGUGCAAGAGUAUGUUAAUCCUUGCCAACCGAGUCCCUGUGGUCCGAACAGCCAAUGUCGAGAGGUGAAUGGACAGGCCGUUUGUUCGUGUCUGCCAACCUAUGUAGGCUCGCCUCCAGGAUGUCGUCCGGAGUGUGUAGUGAGCUCGGAAUGCGCCUUGGACAAGGCAUGUGUCAACCAGAAGUGUGUUGACCCGUGUCCAGGAACGUGUGGCACCAAUGCAAGAUGCAACGUCAACAACCACAGUCCCAUCUGCUCGUGUCAAUCAGGAUUCACUGGCGAUCCGUUCACAAGAUGUUACCCCAUACCACCUCCGGUUCAAGAUAUGCCUAUCGCUCCCAGGAAUCCAUGCUUCCCUUCUCCGUGUGGUCCAAAUUCUCAAUGUCGAGAUAUCAAUGGAAGUCCCUCUUGCUCAUGUUUGGCCAAUUAUAUUGGAGCUCCGCCAAAUUGUCGACCUGAGUGUUCGAUCAACGCGGAGUGUCCAAGUAACCAGGCUUGCAUGAACGAGAAGUGUCGAGACCCUUGUCCUGGAUCGUGUGGUAUCAACGCAAGAUGCAACGUGAUCAACCACACUCCUAUAUGCUCUUGCGAAGAAGGAUAUACUGGAGAUCCCUUCACCAGUUGUCGACCUAUGCCUCCACCACGUAAGAAUCCCCCCACGAUCGGUUGUGUCCCAGAUCUCUUGAUAACUUGGUCCCUUCAUCCAACAGCACCUGAACCGGUCAACGAUGAUCCCUGCAAUCCAUCGCCAUGUGGAGCGAAUGCUCAGUGUCAGGACGGUAUUUGCACAUGUUUGCCAGAAUAUCAAGGCGAUCCAUACCGAGGCUGCAGGCCAGAGUGCGUCUUGAACUCAGACUGCGCUCGGGAUAGGGCCUGUAUUCGUAGCAAAUGUGUCGAUCCUUGCCCGGGUACAUGUGGACAAGAUGCGUUAUGCGAGGUGAUCAAUCACAUUCCGAUGUGCCGAUGCCCUGAUGGGAUGGCCGGAAACGCAUUUGUGCAGUGUCGUCCACAGCAAACGCCAGUCGUGACGAAUCCGUGCAGUCCAUCGCCGUGCGGACCGAAUAGUCAAUGUCGCGAAAUCAACGGACAGGCCGUGUGCUCUUGCGUGCCUGGAUUCUUAGGAAGUCCUCCGACUUGUCGACCAGAGUGUGUUGUGAGUGCUGAAUGCCCUCAGAACCAGGCUUGUUCAAACCAAAAAUGUAGGGAUCCUUGCCCUGGAACAUGCGGAGUGGGAGCUAGAUGUUCAGUUAUCAAUCACAACCCGAUAUGCAGCUGCCCAGAAAGGUUCACGGGUGACCCCUUCGUUCGUUGUCAGCAAAUGAUCGAGCCGCCUGUACAAAUGACUCCUACCAAUCCAUGCCAACCGUCUCCUUGUGGGCCGAACGCCCAAUGCCGUGCAGUAGGCGAUUCGCCAUCUUGUACAUGCGUGGAGGGUAUGAUAGGUGCUCCGCCUAAUUGCCGACCGGAAUGUAUCAGCAAUUCCGAUUGUUCUAAUAACUUGGCUUGCAUACGCCAAAAGUGUCAAGAUCCGUGUCCUGGGGCCUGUGGAGCCAAUGCCGAAUGCAGGGUUGUUAGUCAUACACCCAUGUGUAUUUGCGCUGUUGGAUACACAGGAGAUCCGUUCACGCAGUGCGUACCAUUCCAACAAGAUACGCCCAAAGAUCAGACGACUCCUUGCAUACCCAACCCAUGUGGCGCCAACGCUCGGUGCAGGGAACAAAACGGUGCUGGAGCAUGUACAUGUAUUGAGGAUCACUUUGGAAACCCUUACGAAGGAUGCCGUCCAGAAUGUGUGCUCAAUUCGGAUUGUCCGUCAAACAGGGCAUGUGUGAGAAACAAGUGUCAGGAUCCUUGUCCUGGCACCUGCGGUCAGAACGCUGACUGUCAAGUCGUCAAUCACUUGCCCUCGUGUACCUGUUUCCCUGGAUAUGAAGGAGAUCCAUUCCGAUAUUGUGACAUUCAACAGAGAGAACCGGUGCAAGAGUACGUUAAUCCUUGCCAACCGAGUCCCUGUGGUCCGAACAGCCAAUGCCGAGAGGUGAAUGGACAGGCCGUUUGUUCGUGUCUGCCAACCUAUGUAGGCUCGCCUCCAGGAUGUCGUCCGGAGUGUGUAGUGAGCUCGGAAUGCGCCUUGGACAAGGCAUGUGUCAACCAGAAGUGUGUUGACCCGUGUCCAGGAACGUGUGGCACCAAUGCAAGAUGCAACGUCAACAACCACAGUCCCAUCUGCUCGUGUCAAUCAGGAUUCACUGGCGAUCCGUUCACAAGAUGUUACCCCAUACCACCUCCGGUUCAAGAUAUGCCUAUCGCUCCCAGGAAUCCAUGCUUCCCUUCUCCGUGUGGUCCAAAUUCUCAAUGUCGAGAUAUCAAUGGAAGUCCCUCUUGCUCAUGUUUGGCCAAUUAUAUUGGAGCUCCGCCAAAUUGUCGACCUGAGUGUUCGAUCAACGCGGAGUGUCCAAGUAACCAGGCUUGCAUGAACGAGAAGUGUCGAGACCCUUGUCCUGGAUCGUGUGGUAUCAACGCAAGAUGCAACGUGAUCAACCACACUCCUAUAUGCUCUUGCGAAGAAGGAUAUACUGGAGAUCCCUUCACCAGUUGUCGACCUAUGCCUCCACCACCACCUGAACCGGUCAACGAUGAUCCCUGCAAUCCAUCGCCAUGUGGAGCGAAUGCUCAGUGUCAGGACGGUAUUUGCACAUGUUUGCCAGAAUAUCAAGGCGAUCCAUACCGAGGCUGCAGGCCAGAGUGCGUCUUGAACUCAGACUGCGCUCGGGAUAGGGCCUGUAUUCGUAGCAAAUGUGUCGAUCCUUGCCCGGGUACAUGUGGACAAGAUGCGUUAUGCGAGGUGAUCAAUCACAUUCCGAUGUGCCGAUGCCCUGAUGGGAUGGCCGGAAACGCAUUUGUGCAGUGUCGUCCACAGCAAACGCCAGUCGUGACGAAUCCGUGCAGUCCAUCGCCGUGCGGACCGAAUAGCCAAUGUCGCGAAAUCAACGGACAGGCCGUGUGCUCUUGCGUGCCUGGAUUCUUAGGAAGUCCUCCGACUUGUCGACCAGAGUGUGUUGUGAGUGCUGAAUGCCCUCAGAACCAGGCUUGUUCAAACCAAAAAUGUAGGGAUCCUUGCCCUGGAACAUGCGGAGUGGGAGCUAGAUGUUCAGUUAUCAAUCACAACCCGAUAUGCAGCUGCCCAGAAAGGUUCACGGGUGACCCCUUCGUUCGUUGUCAGCAAAUGAUCGAGCCGCCUGUACAAAUGACUCCUACCAAUCCAUGCCAACCGUCUCCUUGUGGGCCGAACGCCCAAUGCCGUGCAGUAGGCGAUUCGCCAUCUUGUACAUGCGUGGAGGGUAUGAUAGGUGCUCCGCCUAAUUGCCGACCGGAAUGUAUCAGCAAUUCCGAUUGUUCUAAUAACUUGGCUUGCAUACGCCAAAAGUGUCAAGAUCCGUGUCCUGGGGCCUGUGGAGCCAAUGCCGAAUGCAGGGUUGUUAGUCAUACACCCAUGUGUAUUUGCGCUGUUGGAUACACAGGAGAUCCGUUCACGCAGUGCGUACCAUUCCAACAAGAUACGCCCAAAGAUCAGACGACACCUUGCAUACCCAACCCAUGUGGCGCCAACGCUCAGUGCAGGGAACAAAACGGUGCUGGAGCAUGUACAUGCGUUGAGGAUCACUUUGGAAACCCUUACGAAGGAUGCCGUCCAGAGUGUGUGCUCAAUUCGGAUUGUCCGUCAAACAGGGCAUGUGUGAGAAACAAGUGUCAGGAUCCUUGUCCUGGCACCUGCGGUCAGAACGCUGACUGUCAAGUCGUCAAUCACUUGCCCUCGUGUACCUGUUUCCCUGGAUAUGAAGGAGAUCCAUUCCGAUAUUGUGACAUUCAACAGAGAGAACCGGUGCAAGAGUAUGUUAAUCCUUGCCAACCGAGUCCCUGUGGUCCGAACAGCCAAUGUCGAGAGGUGAAUGGACAGGCCGUUUGUUCGUGUCUGCCAACCUAUGUAGGCUCGCCUCCAGGAUGUCGUCCGGAGUGUGUAGUGAGCUCGGAAUGCGCCUUGGACAAGGCAUGUGUCAACCAGAAGUGUGUUGACCCGUGUCCAGGAACGUGUGGCACCAAUGCAAGAUGCAACGUCAACAACCACAGUCCCAUCUGCUCGUGUCAAUCAGGAUUCACUGGCGAUCCGUUCACAAGAUGUUACCCCAUACCACCUCCGGUUCAAGAUAUGCCUAUCGCUCCCAGGAAUCCAUGCUUCCCUUCUCCGUGUGGUCCAAAUUCUCAAUGUCGAGAUAUCAAUGGAAGUCCCUCUUGCUCAUGUUUGGCCAAUUAUAUUGGAGCUCCGCCAAAUUGUCGACCUGAGUGUUCGAUCAACGCGGAGUGUCCAAGUAACCAGGCUUGCAUGAACGAGAAGUGUCGAGACCCUUGUCCUGGAUCGUGUGGUAUCAACGCAAGAUGCAACGUGAUCAACCACACUCCUAUAUGCUCUUGCGAAGAAGGAUAUACUGGAGAUCCCUUCACCAGUUGUCGACCUAUGCCUCCACCACCACCUGAACCGGUCAACGAUGAUCCCUGCAAUCCAUCGCCAUGUGGAGCGAAUGCUCAGUGUCAGGACGGUAUUUGCACAUGUUUGCCAGAAUAUCAAGGCGAUCCAUACCGAGGCUGCAGGCCAGAGUGCGUCUUGAACUCAGACUGCGCUCGGGAUAGGGCCUGUAUUCGUAGCAAAUGUGUCGAUCCUUGCCCGGGUACAUGUGGACAAGAUGCGUUAUGCGAGGUGAUCAAUCACAUUCCGAUGUGCCGAUGCCCUGAUGGGAUGGCCGGAAACGCAUUUGUGCAGUGUCGUCCACAGCAAACGCCAGUCGUGACGAAUCCGUGCAGUCCAUCGCCGUGCGGACCGAAUAGCCAAUGUCGCGAAAUCAACGGACAGGCCGUGUGCUCUUGCGUGCCUGGAUUCUUAGGAAGUCCUCCGACUUGUCGACCAGAGUGUGUUGUGAGUGCUGAAUGCCCUCAGAACCAGGCUUGUUCAAACCAAAAAUGUAGGGAUCCUUGCCCUGGAACAUGCGGAGUGGGAGCUAGAUGUUCAGUUAUCAAUCACAACCCGAUAUGCAGCUGCCCAGAAAGGUUCACGGGUGACCCCUUCGUUCGUUGUCAGCAAAUGAUCGAGCCGCCUGUACAAAUGACUCCUACCAAUCCAUGCCAACCGUCUCCUUGUGGGCCGAACGCCCAAUGCCGUGCAGUAGGCGAUUCGCCAUCUUGUACAUGCGUGGAGGGUAUGAUAGGUGCUCCGCCUAAUUGCCGACCGGAAUGUAUCAGCAAUUCCGAUUGUUCUAAUAACUUGGCUUGCAUACGCCAAAAGUGUCAAGAUCCGUGUCCUGGGGCCUGUGGAGCCAAUGCCGAAUGCAGGGUUGUUAGUCAUACACCCAUGUGUAUUUGCGCUGUUGGAUACACAGGAGAUCCGUUCACGCAGUGCGUACCAUUCCAACAAGAUACGCCCAAAGAUCAGACGACACCUUGCAUACCCAACCCAUGUGGCGCCAACGCUCAGUGCAGGGAACAAAACGGUGCUGGAGCAUGUACAUGCGUUGAGGAUCACUUUGGAAACCCUUACGAAGGAUGCCGUCCAGAGUGUGUGCUCAAUUCGGAUUGUCCGUCAAACAGGGCAUGUGUGAGAAACAAGUGUCAGGAUCCUUGUCCUGGCACCUGCGGUCAGAACGCUGACUGUCAAGUCGUCAAUCACUUGCCCUCGUGUACCUGUUUCCCUGGAUAUGAAGGAGAUCCAUUCCGAUAUUGUGACAUUCAACAGAGAGAACCGGUGCAAGAGUAUGUUAAUCCUUGCCAACCGAGUCCCUGUGGUCCGAACAGCCAAUGCCGAGAGGUGAAUGGACAGGCCGUUUGUUCGUGUCUGCCAACCUAUGUAGGCUCGCCUCCAGGAUGUCGUCCGGAGUGUGUAGUGAGCUCGGAAUGCGCCUUGGACAAGGCAUGUGUCAACCAGAAGUGUGUUGACCCGUGUCCAGGAACGUGUGGCACCAAUGCAAGAUGCAACGUCAACAACCACAGUCCCAUCUGCUCGUGUCAAUCAGGAUUCACUGGCGAUCCGUUCACAAGAUGUUACCCCAUACCACCUCCGGUUCAAGAUAUGCCUAUCGCUCCCAGGAAUCCAUGCUUCCCUUCUCCGUGUGGUCCAAAUUCUCAAUGUCGAGAUAUCAAUGGAAGUCCCUCUUGCUCAUGUUUGGCCAAUUAUAUUGGAGCUCCGCCAAAUUGUCGACCUGAGUGUUCGAUCAACGCGGAGUGUCCAAGUAACCAGGCUUGCAUGAACGAGAAGUGUCGAGACCCUUGUCCUGGAUCGUGUGGUAUCAACGCAAGAUGCAACGUGAUCAACCACACUCCUAUAUGCUCUUGCGAAGAAGGAUAUACUGGAGAUCCCUUCACCAGUUGUCGACCUAUGCCUCCACCACCACCUGAACCGGUCAACGAUGAUCCCUGCAAUCCAUCGCCAUGUGGAGCGAAUGCUCAGUGUCAGGACGGUAUUUGCACAUGUUUGCCAGAAUAUCAAGGCGAUCCAUACCGAGGCUGCAGGCCAGAGUGCGUCUUGAACUCAGACUGCGCUCGGGAUAGGGCCUGUAUUCGUAGCAAAUGUGUCGAUCCUUGCCCGGGUACAUGUGGACAAGAUGCGUUAUGCGAGGUGAUCAAUCACAUUCCGAUGUGCCGAUGCCCUGAUGGGAUGGCCGGAAACGCAUUUGUGCAGUGUCGUCCACAGCAAACGCCAGUCGUGACGAAUCCGUGCAGUCCAUCGCCGUGCGGACCGAAUAGCCAAUGUCGCGAAAUCAACGGACAGGCCGUGUGCUCUUGCGUGCCUGGAUUCUUAGGAAGUCCUCCGACUUGUCGACCAGAGUGUGUUGUGAGUGCUGAAUGCCCUCAGAACCAGGCUUGUUCAAACCAAAAAUGUAGGGAUCCUUGCCCUGGAACAUGCGGAGUGGGAGCUAGAUGUUCAGUUGUCAAUCACAACCCGAUAUGCAGCUGCCCAGAAAGGUUCACGGGUGACCCCUUCGUUCGUUGUCAGCAAAUGAUCGAGCCGCCUGUACAAAUGACUCCUACCAAUCCAUGCCAACCGUCUCCUUGUGGGCCGAACGCCCAAUGCCGUGCAGUAGGCGAUUCGCCAUCUUGUACAUGCGUGGAGGGUAUGAUAGGUGCUCCGCCUAAUUGCCGACCGGAAUGUAUCAGCAAUUCCGAUUGUUCUAAUAACUUGGCUUGCAUACGCCAAAAGUGUCAAGAUCCGUGUCCUGGGGCCUGUGGAGCCAAUGCCGAAUGCAGGGUUGUUAGUCAUACACCCAUGUGUAUUUGCGCUGUUGGAUACACAGGAGAUCCGUUCACGCAGUGCGUACCAUUCCAACAAGAUACGCCCAAAGAUCAGACGACACCUUGCAUACCCAACCCAUGUGGCGCCAACGCUCAGUGCAGGGAACAAAACGGUGCUGGAGCAUGUACAUGUAUUGAGGAUCACUUUGGAAACCCUUACGAAGGAUGCCGUCCAGAGUGUGUGCUCAAUUCGGAUUGUCCGUCAAACAGGGCAUGUGUGAGAAACAAGUGUCAGGAUCCUUGUCCUGGCACCUGCGGUCAGAACGCUGACUGUCAAGUCGUCAAUCACUUGCCCUCGUGUACCUGUUUCCCUGGAUAUGAAGGAGAUCCAUUCCGAUAUUGUGACAUUCAACAGAGAGAACCGGUGCAAGAGUAUGUUAAUCCUUGCCAACCGAGUCCCUGUGGUCCGAACAGCCAAUGUCGAGAGGUGAAUGGACAGGCCGUUUGUUCGUGUCUGCCAACCUAUGUAGGCUCGCCUCCAGGAUGUCGUCCGGAGUGUGUAGUGAGCUCGGAAUGCGCCUUGGACAAGGCAUGUGUCAACCAGAAGUGUGUUGACCCGUGUCCAGGAACGUGUGGCACCAAUGCAAGAUGCAACGUCAACAACCACAGUCCCAUCUGCUCGUGUCAAUCAGGAUUCACUGGCGAUCCGUUCACAAGAUGUUACCCCAUACCACCUCCGGUUCAAGAUAUGCCUAUCGCUCCCAGGAAUCCAUGCUUCCCUUCUCCGUGUGGUCCAAAUUCUCAAUGUCGAGAUAUCAAUGGAAGUCCCUCUUGCUCAUGUUUGGCCAAUUAUAUUGGAGCUCCGCCAAAUUGUCGACCUGAGUGUUCGAUCAACGCGGAGUGUCCAAGUAACCAGGCUUGCAUGAACGAGAAGUGUCGAGACCCUUGUCCUGGAUCGUGUGGUAUCAACGCAAGAUGCAACGUGAUCAACCACACUCCUAUAUGCUCUUGCGAAGAAGGAUAUACUGGAGAUCCCUUCACCAGUUGUCGACCUAUGCCUCCACCACCACCUGAACCGGUCAACGAUGAUCCCUGCAAUCCAUCGCCAUGUGGAGCGAAUGCUCAGUGUCAGGACGGUAUUUGCACAUGUUUGCCAGAAUAUCAAGGCGAUCCAUACCGAGGCUGCAGGCCAGAGUGCGUCUUGAACUCAGACUGCGCUCGGGAUAGGGCCUGUAUUCGUAGCAAAUGUGUCGAUCCUUGCCCGGGUACAUGUGGACAAGAUGCGUUAUGCGAGGUGAUCAAUCACAUUCCGAUGUGCCGAUGCCCUGAUGGGAUGGCCGGAAACGCAUUAGUGCAGUGUCGUCCACAGCAAACGCCAGUCGUGACGAAUCCGUGCAGUCCAUCGCCGUGCGGACCGAAUAGCCAAUGUCGCGAAAUCAACGGACAGGCCGUGUGCUCUUGCGUGCCUGGAUUCUUAGGAAGUCCUCCGACUUGCCGACCAGAGUGUGUUGUGAGUGCUGAAUGCCCUCAGAACCAGGCUUGUUCAAACCAAAAAUGUAGGGAUCCUUGCCCUGGAACAUGCGGAGUGGGAGCUAGAUGUUCAGUUGUCAAUCACAACCCGAUAUGCAGCUGCCCAGAAAGGUUCACGGGUGACCCCUUCGUUCGUUGUCAGCAAAUGAUCGAGCCGCCUGUACAAAUGACUCCUACCAAUCCAUGCCAACCGUCUCCUUGUGGGCCGAACGCCCAAUGCCGUGCAGUAGGCGAUUCGCCAUCUUGUACAUGCGUGGAGGGUAUGAUAGGUGCUCCGCCUAAUUGCCGACCGGAAUGUAUCAGCAAUUCCGAUUGUUCUAAUAACUUGGCUUGCAUACGCCAAAAGUGUCAAGAUCCGUGUCCUGGGGCCUGUGGAGCCAAUGCCGAAUGCAGGGUUGUUAGUCAUACACCCAUGUGUAUUUGCGCUGUUGGAUACACAGGAGAUCCGUUCACGCAGUGCGUACCAUUCCAACAAGAUACGCCCAAAGAUCAGACGACACCUUGCAUACCCAACCCAUGUGGCGCCAACGCUCAGUGCAGGGAACAAAACGGUGCUGGAGCAUGUACAUGUAUUGAGGAUCACUUUGGAAACCCUUACGAAGGAUGCCGUCCAGAGUGUGUGCUCAAUUCGGAUUGUCCGUCAAACAGGGCAUGUGUGAGAAACAAGUGUCAGGAUCCUUGUCCUGGCACCUGCGGUCAGAACGCUGACUGUCAAGUCGUCAAUCACUUGCCCUCGUGUACCUGUUUCCCUGGAUAUGAAGGAGAUCCAUUCCGAUAUUGUGACAUUCAACAGAGAGAACCGGUGCAAGAGUACGUUAAUCCUUGCCAACCGAGUCCCUGUGGUCCGAACAGCCAAUGCCGAGAGGUGAAUGGACAGGCCGUUUGUUCGUGUCUGCCAACCUAUGUAGGCUCGCCUCCAGGAUGUCGUCCGGAGUGUGUAGUGAGCUCGGAAUGCGCCUUGGACAAGGCAUGUGUCAACCAGAAGUGUGUUGACCCGUGUCCAGGAACGUGUGGCACCAAUGCAAGAUGCAACGUCAACAACCACAGUCCCAUCUGCUCAUGUCAAUCAGGAUUCACUGGCGAUCCGUUCACAAGAUGUUACCCCAUACCACCUCCGGUUCAAGAUAUGCCUAUCGCUCCCAGGAAUCCAUGCUUCCCUUCUCCGUGUGGUCCAAAUUCUCAAUGUCGAGAUAUCAAUGGUAGUCCCUCUUGCUCAUGUUUGGCCAAUUAUAUUGGAGCUCCGCCAAAUUGUCGACCUGAGUGUUCGAUCAACGCGGAGUGUCCAAGUAACCAGGCUUGCAUGAACGAGAAGUGUCGAGACCCUUGUCCUGGAUCGUGUGGUAUCAACGCAAGAUGCAACGUGAUCAACCACACUCCUAUAUGCUCUUGCGAAGAAGGAUAUACUGGAGAUCCCUUCACCAGUUGUCGACCUAUGCCUCCACCACCACCUGAACCGGUCAACGAUGAUCCCUGCAAUCCAUCGCCAUGUGGAGCGAAUGCUCAGUGUCAGGACGGUAUUUGCACAUGUUUGCCAGAAUAUCAAGGCGAUCCAUACCGAGGCUGCAGGCCAGAGUGCGUCUUGAACUCAGACUGCGCUCGGGAUAGGGCCUGUAUUCGUAGCAAAUGUGUCGAUCCUUGCCCGGGUACAUGUGGACAAGAUGCGUUAUGCGAGGUGAUCAAUCACAUUCCGAUGUGCCGAUGCCCUGAUGGGAUGGCCGGAAACGCAUUUGUGCAGUGUCGUCCACAGCAAACGCCAGUCGUGACGAAUCCGUGCAGUCCAUCGCCGUGCGGACCGAAUAGCCAAUGUCGCGAAAUCAACGGACAGGCCGUGUGCUCUUGCGUGCCUGGAUUCUUAGGAAGUCCUCCGACUUGUCGACCAGAGUGUGUUGUGAGUGCUGAAUGCCCUCAGAACCAGGCUUGUUCAAACCAAAAAUGUAGGGAUCCUUGCCCUGGAACAUGCGGAGUGGGAGCUAGAUGUUCAGUUGUCAAUCACAACCCGAUAUGCAGCUGCCCAGAAAGGUUCACGGGUGACCCCUUCGUUCGUUGUCAGCAAAUGAUCGAGCCGCCUGUACAAAUGACUCCUACCAAUCCAUGCCAACCGUCUCCUUGUGGGCCGAACGCCCAAUGCCGUGCAGUAGGCGAUUCGCCAUCUUGUACAUGCGUGGAGGGUAUGAUAGGUGCUCCGCCUAAUUGCCGACCGGAAUGUAUCAGCAAUUCCGAUUGUUCUAAUAACUUGGCUUGCAUACGCCAAAAGUGUCAAGAUCCGUGUCCUGGGGCCUGUGGAGCCAAUGCCGAAUGCAGGGUUGUUAGUCAUACACCCAUGUGUAUUUGCGCUGUUGGAUACACAGGAGAUCCGUUCACGCAGUGCGUACCAUUCCAACAAGAUACGCCCAAAGAUCAGACGACACCUUGCAUACCCAACCCAUGUGGCGCCAACGCUCAGUGCAGGGAACAAAACGGUGCUGGAGCAUGUACAUGUAUUGAGGAUCACUUUGGAAACCCUUACGAAGGAUGCCGUCCAGAGUGUGUGCUCAAUUCGGAUUGUCCGUCAAACAGGGCAUGUGUGAGAAACAAGUGUCAGGAUCCUUGUCCUGGCACCUGCGGUCAGAACGCUGACUGUCAAGUCGUCAAUCACUUGCCCUCGUGUACCUGUUUCCCUGGAUAUGAAGGAGAUCCAUUCCGAUAUUGUGACAUUCAACAGAGAGAACCGGUGCAAGAGUAUGUUAAUCCUUGCCAACCGAGUCCCUGUGGUCCGAACAGCCAAUGCCGAGAGGUGAACGGACAGGCCGUUUGUUCGUGUCUGCCAACCUAUGUAGGCUCGCCUCCAGGAUGUCGUCCGGAGUGUGUAGUGAGCUCGGAAUGCGCCUUGGACAAGGCAUGUGUCAACCAGAAGUGUGUUGACCCGUGUCCAGGAACGUGUGGCACCAAUGCAAGAUGCAACGUCAACAACCACAGUCCCAUCUGCUCGUGUCAAUCAGGAUUCACUGGCGAUCCGUUCACAAGAUGUUACCCCAUACCACCUCCGGUUCAAGAUAUGCCUAUCGCUCCCAGGAAUCCAUGCUUCCCUUCUCCGUGUGGUCCAAAUUCUCAAUGUCGAGAUAUCAAUGGAAGUCCCUCUUGCUCAUGUUUGGCCAAUUAUAUUGGAGCUCCGCCAAAUUGUCGACCUGAGUGUUCGAUCAACGCGGAGUGUCCAAGUAACCAGGCUUGCAUGAACGAGAAGUGUCGAGACCCUUGUCCUGGAUCGUGUGGUAUCAACGCAAGAUGCAACGUGAUCAACCACACUCCUAUAUGCUCUUGCGAAGAAGGAUAUACUGGAGAUCCCUUCACCAGUUGUCGACCUAUGCCUCCACCACCACCUGAACCGGUCAACGAUGAUCCCUGCAAUCCAUCGCCAUGUGGAGCGAAUGCUCAGUGCCAGGACGGUAUUUGCACAUGUUUGCCAGAAUAUCAAGGCGAUCCAUACCGAGGCUGCAGGCCAGAGUGCGUCUUGAACUCAGACUGCGCUCGGGAUAGGGCCUGUAUUCGUAGCAAAUGUGUCGAUCCUUGCCCGGGUACAUGUGGACAAGAUGCGUUAUGCGAGGUGAUCAAUCACAUUCCGAUGUGCCGAUGCCCUGAUGGGAUGGCCGGAAACGCAUUUGUGCAGUGUCGUCCCCAGCAAACGCCAGUCGUGACGAAUCCGUGCAGUCCAUCGCCGUGCGGACCGAAUAGCCAAUGUCGCGAAAUCAACGGACAGGCCGUGUGUUCGUGUUUGUCGGGAUACAUUGGAAAUCCGCCAAUGUGCCGACCAGAAUGUACCGGAAAUUCUGAGUGUCCGCUAAACCAGGCCUGCGUUAACUUCAAAUGUGCGGACCCGUGCCCUGGAAGCUGCGGUUUCUCGGCACGCUGUACAGUGGUCAACCAUAACCCGAUAUGCAGCUGUCCACCUCGGAUGACCGGUGAUCCGUUCACAAGAUGCUAUGAAAUUGUUGAGAAAUCUCCACCUCUAAAUAUUCCUGCCGAUCCUUGCCAACCAAAUCCAUGCGGUCCGAACGCUCUUUGUAUCGACUCCAAUGGCGUUCCAUCGUGCAGUUGUCAGCCGGACAUGUUGGGAGCGCCGCCAAACUGCCGUCCAGAGUGUACCAGUCAUUCCGAUUGCUCGAGGGUGCUUGCGUGCUCGAGACAGAAGUGUGUCGAUCCGUGCCUUAACGCCUGUGGUAUCGAUGCCAACUGUCACGUUUCGUUGCACGUUGCCAACUGCUUCUGUCCGGACGGUUACGAAGGAGAUCCGUUCCGAGCUUGUACCCUGCGAAUUACCAAACCACCGCCGCAAGCUGGACCGAAGGACUCGUGCUACCCGUCGCCGUGCGGUACCAAUGCCCGGUGUCGCCCAGCCAACAAUGGUGCGCCAUUGUGCGAGUGCAUCGAAAACUAUUUCGGUAAUCCGUACGAAUCGUGUCGCCCAGAAUGUGUCAGCAAUGGAGACUGUCAGAAGUCUUUGGCCUGCAUUAACAACCGCUGCAAAGACCCGUGUCCUGGUGUGUGCGGAAGGCAGGCGGAAUGUGCCGUGGUCAACCACACACCGGUCUGCUCGUGCCCAGACGGCAUGAAGGGUAAUGCGUUCGAGCAGUGCCUUCGCGAGGAAGUUCCUCCGCCACCGUCAGAUCCUUGCUAUCCGUCUCCUUGCGGCCAGAACACUGUUUGCCGCGUGUUCAAUGGAAAUGCGGUAUGCGAGUGCUUGCCCGAGUUCAAGGGAAGCCCAUUCGGACGCGGCUGCUAUCCGGAGUGCGUGAUCAACAGCGACUGCCCGCGCGACCGAACCUGUGUGAACAAAAAAUGCGUCGAUCCGUGCCCGGGUGUGUGCGGCUAUCGUGCCGUCUGCCACGCGAUCAACAACAGCCCGGUGUGCUCGUGCCCGAGCAACAUGAUUGGGGAUCCGUUCGUGGAAUGCCAGCAGGCACCGCCGAAGGAUCCAUGCAGCCCGUCACCGUGUCGUUCGAACGGAAUUUGCCGCGUAGUGGGCGACCGCGCCGAAUGUCAGUACCCGGAGUGUAUCAUCAACUCGGACUGCUCGACCAACCGGGCAUGCUACAAUCAGAAGUGCCAGGAUCCGUGCGUUGGUGCGUGCGGCCUGAAUGCGCUCUGCAAUGUGAUCAACCAUGCGCCGGUAUGUUCCUGUCCGGCCCGGCACGUUGGUUCACCGUUCGUGCAGUGUAUGGUGCAACGGGACGAGCCGCCACAGCCACAGCCAGAGUGUACCAGCGACGGUCAGUGCACAAACGACAAGGCGUGCAUCAACGGCCAGUGCCAGAACCCUUGCAUCGUCGGUACAGGCUUGUGCACGCAGAACGCCGAGUGUCGCGUCCAGUUCCAUCGUGCGAUUUGCGCUUGCCGCGAAGGCUAUACGGGCAACGCGCAACUGGCCUGCUACGAAAUUGGAUGCCGCAGCGACAGUGACUGCCCGGCAACGGAGGCGUGCGUCAACCGGAACUGUAUCGACCCGUGCCGCCAUACACAGUGCGGCCGCAACGCCGUGUGCAAGUCGGACUACAACCAUAACGCCCGCUGCCACUGCAUCGAUGGGUACAGAGGAAAUCCACUGGUCGGAUGCACUCGGCCGGAGUGUACGAGCAACGACGAAUGCCCGUACCACCAGUCGUGCCAGAACGAGCAGUGCCGAGAUCCGUGCAACUGUGCACCGAACGCGCAGUGCCGUGUGGACAACCAUCAGGCGAGCUGCCGCUGUCCACCGGGCUACACCGGUGAUCCACAAUUUUCGUGCGAAAAGAUUCCGGUACGGGAUCCCGCACAGUGUACGAUGGAUGCGGACUGCCCGAGUAAGCUGGCCUGCUUCAGCGGCAUUUGCAAGAACCCGUGCACGGAAACGAAACCAUGUGCCGAGCACGCCACCUGUACGGUACAGGAUACGCUACCAUUGCGCACGAUGUACUGUGUUUGUGAUGAAGGAUACGCAGGUGACGCCGAAAGGCAGUGCUUGCCUGUUUCCAAAGACGAACCGGGAUGCUACAGCGACGUCGAGUGUGCGCCCACCGAGUCAUGCCGGGCGCGCGUGUGCGUCGACGUAUGCAGUAACUUCAACCCGUGCGCACCGACCGCAGAAUGUUUGGCACAAAGCCACAAAGCGAUCUGCUCCUGCCCGAUCGGCACGGUGGGUGAUCCGUUCCAGAACUGCUACAAGCCGCCAGUCGUGUCGCCUGAGUGCGUUGUCGAUGCGGAUUGUUCGUCGAGCAUGGCGUGCAUCAACGAACGUUGCCAGGAUCCGUGCGCCGGUAGCAAUCCGUGCGGUGGCAAUGCCGAGUGUCGCGCCAUCUACCACCGGCCGCACUGCACGUGCCCGAUCGGUUGGGGUGGAGAUCCGAAAACGCAAUGCUACAAGCCGGAAUGUAAGGUCGAUGCGGAGUGUCCCUUCGAUAAGGCGUGUUUCAACGAGAAAUGCAUCAGUCCGUGCACGUACGGUGCCACGCAGUGCGGCAGGGGUGCCAACUGUGUCGCCCAAAGCCACCGGGCUGUAUGCAUCUGCCCGCCCGGCACGCAGGGUAAUCCAUUCGUAUCGUGCGUCACCGGUAUGUGCCAGUACAACGAGGACUGCGCGGAGCACGAAGCGUGCGAUCGGUUAAACCGCGUCUGCCGCCCCGUGUGCGACGAUGAAACGUGCGCCCGUACGGCCACCUGUGUCGCGCGGAACCACCAGGCGAGCUGUGAGUGCGGCCCGGGAAUGCGCGGUAAUCCGUACGUUGAGUGCGCGCGUGAUGAACCCGAACCCGAGUGCCGAAUGGACAGCGAGUGCCGCUCACAGCAGGCCUGUAUCCGUAACCGCUGUGUCAACCCGUGCACAGAACUGACGCCAUGUACGAGUCAGCAGACGUGCAGUGUGAUCGAUACGCUUCCGCUGCGGACGAUCAUUUGCGCCUGCCAGACGGACAUGCUGAUGGAUCGCUCCGGUAGCUGCAAACCGAUCGUGAUCGAAGAAUGCCUCGCGGACAACGACUGCGCCGAUACGGACCGAUGUCAGCGCGGCCAGUGCAUUACGGCCUGCAAGAUUGAUCCGUGCGGUAUAAACGCGCAAUGUACGUCCAUCGGGCAUCGGGCGCAGUGUAGCUGUGCGCCGGGUUACGUCGGAAGUCCACACGUGGAGUGUUUGCCGGAACCGAGGGUGACGACACCGAAGGAGUGUACUGUGGACGAUGACUGUGCCGUGGAUCGUUCGUGCUUCAACGACCGUUGCGUCAAUCCGUGCGCUGGAGAUGCCUGCGGACGGGGAGCGCUUUGCCGCGUGGACAACCAUAAGGCGAUGUGCAACUGCCCGAACGGAUUUACGAUGGAUGCGAACGGAAAUUGUGUGCCACCCGCUGGAGACUUGCCAAGGUGUCGUUCGAACUCGGACUGUACACAAAGCGAAACGUGCGUGAACGAAAUAUGCGCCAAUCCGUGCAACUGCGGUCAGAACGCGGACUGCUUCGUAAAGGAUCACUAUCCGGUCUGCAGCUGCCGACCGGGCUAUUCCGGCAAUGCGCAGUCCGGCUGCUUCAAGCUGGAGUGUGAAAGCGACUCGGACUGCACAAACGACAAGCAGUGCACGACCGGCGAAUGCGUCAAUCCGUGUCUGCUGCAGGAUCCGUGCGCGAUCAACGCCGAAUGCUACGGUGACCGUCAUCGGGCGGCGUGCCGUUGUCUGCCGGGUCUGGAGGGCAAUCCGUUCGAGCGAUGCCGGCGCGUCGAAUGCCACUACGAUGGUGAGUGUGCCAAGACGAUGGCCUGCCAGCGGGAGCAGUGCGUGGACCCGUGCGCCAACUCGCCGUGUGCCCAGAACGCCCAGUGCUUUGCGAUGAACCACCAGGCGCAGUGCAAGUGCCCCGAGCAUCUGCCGGAAGGUAAUCCGUUCUCCUUCUGUCGACCUCGGGCCGUCGAGCGGGACGAGUGUCGCGUCGAUGGAGACUGUCCGAGCCGAUUGGCGUGCAUCGGCAGCCGAUGCCUGAACCCGUGCGAUGAACUUAAGCCGUGCGCUGCGUCGGCGCUCUGUACCGUGCAGGAUAGCGUGCCUGUGCGGACGAUGGUGUGCGAGUGUCCUCCACUGCACGUUCCGGACAGCCGUGGCGAAUGUCAACGAGUCAUCCAGCAAACACCGAUCGGCGUGUGCACCAGCGAUUCCGAGUGCCCUGAGCAGGAAGCCUGCAUUAACCGGCAGUGUCGGGAUCCGUGCAGCUGCGGAACACACGCGACCUGUACGAUCAAGAACCAUCGGGCGGUGUGUUCGUGCGAGGACGGCUACGAGGGAAAUCCCAAUGUGGCCUGCCGAGCUAUCGGCUGCCGGGUGGAUUCGGAGUGCGAGUCGACCAAGGCGUGCGUCAACGGCAAUUGCGUCAAUCCAUGCCUGGACAACGAUCCUUGCGGAAUCGGAGCGGAGUGCUACGCCCGGGCGAACCGUGCAGAAUGCCGGUGCCCAAGUGGCUACCGAGGCAACCCGCUGGUGCAGUGCAAUGUGGUCGAGUGCCGCAGCAAUAAUGACUGUCCGGACGACAAGCAGUGCCGCAACUCGCAGUGUAUUAACCCGUGCAUCUACGAGAACUCGUGCUCGCCGCGAGCGGAAUGUCGUGCGCAGAAUCAUCUCGUCGUUUGCCGCUGUCCAGUGGGUCUGGUGGGCAACCCGUACGUCGAUUGUCGGCCGGAGCCUGUUCCGGAGUGCCGCGCCGAUACGGACUGCCCGUCACAUCUGGCCUGUAUCGAUAACCGGUGCGUCGAGCCGUGCAAUGCGCUUACACCAUGCACUCAGCCGGCCCACUGUGAGGUAGUACCAUCCUCGCCAGUACGCACCAUGCUGUGCACGUGCCCAGAUGGAUACGUCAGCAGUGGAAGUGGAACGUGCAAACCGGUGGUUAAGGCCGGUUGCAUAUCGGACUCGGACUGUUCGAGCGACACGGCCUGCAUCAACAGCAUCUGCCGCAAUCCGUGCAACUGCGGACCGAACGCGGAGUGUCGCGUGAAGGACCACAAGCCGGUCUGCUCGUGUACCCAGGGCUACGACGGCGAUCCGGAAACGCAAUGUAUCAAGAUCGAGUGCCGCUCGGACAGCGAUUGCUCGAGCCAGGCCACCUGCUUCAACCGGCAGUGCGUGCCCGCCUGCUCGAUGGAAACGUGUGGACCGCAGGCCGAGUGUAUCGGUGUCAACCAUCGGGCCGUGUGCGAGUGCCUUCCGGGCUACGAGGGUAACCCGCGGGUAACCUGCAAGCUGAUCGGAUGCCGCCGAGAUACCGACUGCCCGCUGGACAAGGCAUGCAUUAACGGUCAGUGCGAGAAUCCAUGCGAAACACAAGCAGUCUGUGCGCAAAACGAACAGUGCCAGGUGUACCAGCAUCGACCGGAAUGUGCCUGUCCGCCACCGUUCGAGAACGAUCCUCUCCAGGGUUGCAUGCUGCGCGAUGACCGCUGUAUGACGGAUGGCGAAUGUCCGUCGCAAACAGCCUGCAUACAGGGCGACUGUGUCAAUCCGUGCAACGUGACCGAACCGUGCGGCGUGAACUCGAACUGUAAGGUGCUUGACACGCUUCCGGUACGCACAAUGAUUUGCGAGUGCCUACCAGGAUACCAGGGCAAUGCAGCGAUACAGUGUGAUAAGAUGGCAUUGUGUCCAACGGAACGAGGCUUUGUCAGGAAUAGCAACGGAGAAUGCGUCUGCCCACCAGGAUACGGGCUGUCCGAGUACGACGAUUGCCAACCGUGCCGUGAAGAGGACGGUCUCAAGAUAGACGAGGCAACGGGACGGUGCGAGUGUGCACUGGAGCGUGGUCUCAUCCUUGACGAGCGUGGCCGCUGUAUCUGCCCGAUCGAGCACGGCUAUCGGUUGACCAGCCGAGGCGAAUGUAUCCGCAUCGAGCGGCCCGAGUGUGAGCGCGACGAGGACUGUGCCGACUGGCGCUACUGUAACCUCGACUCCAAGACGUGCGACGAUCCGUGCGACCGGAAGAUAUGCGGAACGAACGCGCUUUGCAAUGCCACGAACCAUCGGGCCGUAUGCCAGUGCAUUACAGGCUACACGGGCAAUCCGGAUGUGCAAUGCAAUCAAACGACUAACUUCCGCACGGACUUCCCGCAACCGGAGAUGGUCGUAACAUGCCAGGCCGAUGGCAUCCAGGUCGUAAUUGGUUUAGCCGAGUCGAACUUCAACGGAGUCCUGUACGUGAAGGGCCACAGCAAGGACGAAGAGUGUCGCCGGGUGGUAAACCUGGCCGGUGACGGCUCAUCGACGCCACGCACGGAAAUUUUCAAGGUGCACUUCGGCAGCUGCGGCCUUAUCCAUGUCAAUGGAAAUGCGAGCUUCGUGCUUGUCAUACAGAAGCAUCCGAAGCUGGUGACGUACAAGGCACAAGCGUACCACAUCAAGUGCGUAUAUGAAACGGGCGAGAAGAACGUCACGCUCGGCUUUAACGUGCAGAUGCUGACAACGGCCGGUACGAUCGCAAACACUGGUCCACCGCCGACGUGUGCCAUGCGCAUCGUGGCCUUCGACGGGAAGGAGAUCAACUCCGCCGAAAUCGGUGACAAUCUGCGGCUACAGGUAGAAGUACAACCAGCAACAAUCUACGGUGGCUUCGCUCGAAGCUGCGUGGCGAAGACGAUGGAGGAAAGCGUCGAAAACGAGUACAUCGUCACGGACGAGGACGGUUGCGCGACGGACCCAUCGAUCUUCGGCGACUGGGAGUAUAACGCGGAAACGAACAGCCUGCUGGCGAGCUUCAACGCGUUCAAGUUCCCGUCGAGCGACAACAUUCGCUUCCAGUGUAACAUCAGGGUGUGCUUCGGCAAGUGCCAACCGGUCAACUGUCACGGGGCAAACGCUUACGGCAAACGACGACGACGCCGUGAGGCCCUCGGUAUCGAUAUGGAUCGCACGAUCGAGGUGGUGUACAACCGCACGAAACGUGCCGCCGAAAACACGGCGCUCGCCACCGACGACGACUCGCUGGGAAUGGAAGGAACGUUGCGCGAGGAGAUCACCAUCCAGUCGAAUCCUAUUCUCACGCUGGAGAAACGCGAAGAACGAUCAUUCGACUCGAACAACAUCACUCCGGCGGCCCAGCGUGUGGAAGACAUUUGCGUCUCGAUGAUCGGACUGAUACUGGCCCUGGUGAUCACCGCGCUGCUGGCACUGGUCGCCGUAGCGGUUGCAGUUUCCUGCUGGUUGAUGGCAUACCGACGACGGCCGACCAUCACCGGACCGCUGCCACAUCCACCCGAGUUCCCCAAUCCGCUGUUCGCACACCACGAACCCUCGGAACCGUCGCAUCAUGAUUUCAUGGGAUAGAAGUAAUCGUUAAACAUAAGUAGUAUCGAAACAGAGAGAUAUAAAAAAAAUGCAUCGAGCAAACGAUUGAGAGACGAAGAGUAAAAACGAAACUAACCGAAACGAUGAUAGUAACGAAACGAAAGUGACUAACUCAUGAUGUUAGGAAGGAGGUUACUAACUCAUUAAACGAACAAAAUAACCAUACAACAGCCUUCGCCGGCUAGUGGUGGUCGGGACGCACGAAGUGAAAAAUUGUAAAUAAUGUUAAAAUCCAACCGAAGCCCAAGAAAAAACUAACGGAAAUUUAUUCGUUAGGAAGAAGAUACAGAUAAACUCCAAUCGCUCAAAGAGCGAUCGAGACUUUCUUUCGUUGCAAGUUGGAAGAAACAAAAAAGUAACAAAAGACAAACAGAGCCCAGCAAUGAUCACGAUUGAGGAAACGUGAUCGAAAAACCGUAAAAAUCGCAAUUGAUUUUUAAAACCCAGAACCAGUGUCCUUUUUAGGUACAGUUAGCUUAGCUUCGUUGAAAAAUAUCUUACUAGCGUUAUGUGGCAACAAAUCGAGGAAUGCGAACGAUCCAAUCCAAGCUUCUAGAAUCGAUCGGUGGCAAUGGUUCACUUUUUGGAGGAAGGAGGCGAACUGGUCGAACGCAUUCCUGCUCACCGUAACAUCUCCUCCGUCGGUCGUUCCUAGUCCUCUAUAUUUAUUAAUGUUAAUAUGAUGGUUAAAACGGCAACAACGAGACAAAAUAGUAAGAGAGAUUUGAAGGAAGAAAGCAAUCCUAUAUCGAAACGAUGGCCCUCGAUCCGGAGCGUAAGGGGCAAGGAAUCUCAAUCUGGACCCCGGAUCGCGUUGCAACCGGCCAGAGUGGCUUAUGUGUGUAAAUGUGCGUGUGCGAAGGUUUCUUGCGCGUGAAUGAAACCCGUGCAGCUUUCUUAGGCGUGCACCCCAAAGUGUGUGUUCCAAUGCGUUCCGAGCGUGUGUCGUUUUCACAGCCGAUCGCGCUCGCGUUUUAACUGUAAUUUAUUGAUAUUUUAAAGUAUGCUUUUGAUAUAUACUGAACGAAUGAACGACGAUCGGCGGAGGAUUUGAAGACCGAGCGUUAGGAGGAAUUAAUUAAAGUAGUACGAUUGUUUUUUUUCUUUUCGUUUCCUUUUUUCCGCACUCUAAAAAAAGGCAUCAAAUGUAAUGUUGUAUUAUAGUUUUUUUUUUUUUUUCUUGUUUUACGCCACGCAAGUGUAACAUGCAAUCGUAAGUCUUAAUGCAAAGGGAUAGACUAAAGCUGCACGAGGUAAUGUAAAGGUGGUUGCAAUCGUGCCUUUUUUACUGCCAGAUACAUGUGCUUGGUUCAUGGUGGCCAACUAGACGUCGGGUCCAUUCGUAACGGAAAUUCUACUAGAAUGGUUUCGAAGCAAUGAUGGUGAUGGAAAAGGAGCAGCGACCUUCCCCUCGCCAUUUGCGCCGAUCAUCAGAAGUUUUCCGCUACGGUUGGGAUGAGAAUUCUACCAGCCAUUGCUUGGGGAUUAUCUCAACUGAAACCACAAACUGCCUACCGUUUUUAAAACGUCACUCCUCUUCUUCUUUGGAUGUGCAUAAGUGUUCAAAUUGCGUAGCAAAUAAUGUAGUUUGUCGCGUAAUUUCCGUUUGUAACAAUGUUAAAGAAAAAAUUAAAGUAUAUCAGCAAGAGGUGCUACGCUUUACAUUACCUUCGUACCAGCCUAGUAGUAGAUGUGUAAUUAUAUUCAGGUUCUUUCAGAAGACUGCCACCAAAACCAACGUGCACAACACGUCCUUCGUCAUUUCAUGCCUGUCCACCCUUCCUACUUGUAUGGAUGUUUUGUUUCUCUCGAUAUGCAACCGUACUGAAAACACGUUCAGCGCACCUACUCCUACGAAAUAUGAAUAGUUAAAACGAAACGAAACUAAACUAAUAGGAAAAAGAACAAAAAACGCGAUAAUAAAAUGUAAUA